CCUGCUUCCACCUAUGGUAAGUCUUUAACUGUCUAACUUGUAGGGACUAAAGCGAAGUUGGACAUUUUUUUUCCCCAGAGGAGCUAUUUUGACAUUGGGAUUGAAUUCACUAAAUGAAGGUGUUUAGUGACAAACCCUAUUUAAUCUUUAAAAUGGUCAUUUAUGGGAGCAAACAGAGGGAUCAGUUCUGAUCCUAAGGAAUGAUGGGGGAUUGCAUGUUUUACACUAACAUGUCAUUUGUAAUGAGUUGAAAAGUAAAUUGCAGCAUUAAGGCUGGAUUUUUCUGGGUUGUUUUGAUAGAAAAGUAUUUAAUUCCCUUUUGCUAUUUUCUGCAAAUCCUGGAUUAGUAAAAAAGCCCCACUGUUUGACGGGACAGUGUGAAAAAGAUAUGAGAUUAAACAAAUUAACCUGGAGAUUAGACCAUUACCUUCUGAGUUACACUCUAGGUAAAAAAUUAUAAAUCUGGAUAAUUUUUCCUAUUUAACAAUUGCCUACAAUACCCUGUUUUCCAGGUACGCCAUGUAUGUUUAUGGGGGGUUUGAAAGCUUUUUCCACAUGCGCUAUUUUGCUUAAAGUUUGCAUUGUGGUUUUUAAUUCACAAAUAUUUAGUGUUUAGACUAUAAACCCUGAGGUGUUGAAUUAUAAUGAAGAAUGGUCAGGUUAUAUAUCCAGCCAAAGAUUUGUGACCCAACAUCUAAUCUAAAAAAACUGGGUUUGUUUGGGAGAAAAAUAACUUUUUGGGUAAAUUAGAUUGCAAGCUUUAAAGGCUACUCUUAUUUGCCUGUUGAAAUAACCUGUUCAUGAAAUAUUAACUUAAAUUUGUGAAUGUGUUUCAUUCCCCAUGAUUUUGAUUUAUUUUAAUAUUUUUUUUUAAAUUAAUAGUAGUCAUUUUAUUUGUGUAUAUAUUUAUUUGCUAUGUUAGCAGAUUCAUUGCAGAAGGGGUGAACCCUGCAAGGGUUAAAGUUAAACCCAGAGGAAAUGUGCUGACCAUGUCCUUUUGAUGGGUCUCACGUCCUCUGUGACGCAAUGCUGAAUUAAUUUGGAGAUACCCAGAAUAAGACAGUUUAUACAUCGCUGCUACUCUCUGUAGGAUUCUUCAAUUCAGUGGGUGGGAUGAGUUCACUGCAAAAUACUUGGAAUACGAUUUUUGAUAGAGAGCUUUCUGUAAUUUAUCACUUUUUUUUUUUUUUAAAUAUUAAGUAAUUAUGUCAUGAUCCAACCACCUGCUGAUUCUGUGUAAUGAAUCACUUUUGACUCGAUCCUCCUGUGAAGGACAACUUGUUUAAGUGAGAUUUAUGUACUGAUGACUAAAACACUCUUAAAAAGUCACUUUCAGCCGUUUAAUAAUUUCUCUUUUAGGUCAUAAUUUCUAUUCUAUGUCAGUAUAAGGGUACACUCCCCUUCCCCAAUAACAAACAAUUACUGUUUAGUUGUUAAACCCCACUGACAUGUUUGAUUUAAUUUUGCAUUUUUUUCAUUGGGAUAUAUUUAAAAACAAUUUGUAAAACCAGGCAGAUCUCUUGUCUGCAGCCUUUGAAGCCCUACCCUUUCAGUCCUGCCCAGACUUUCUGUGGCUGUCCAAUCACACACUUCCAGAUGCAGCUCAAUGAGAAGUCUUUGCAAGGCAUGUGCUCUGGGCAAUUGCUGCCUCUUGAGAUUAUCCCCACUGAGCUAAACAAACCAGGAAGUAAAGGGACCCGUUGUAUGAUUGACAGCAUGAGGGGUGUAACCAGGUUCGUUGAUAAAAGCGUCAAUUUGUAUUGACAGCCGGGGCGUGUAACAUCACUUGAAUAUUGAAUCGUUUUCUCAUAGGCCUUGAUGUUAAUAUUUUUGGAUAAGCUCUUCAAAUUAUUCAAUAUUUUUGAACAAACAUUAAUUUUUUUAAAUUCCAAAAUAUGAAAUGAUCAAAUAUAUAAAAAUAUACCAAUAUAUAAAAAAGUUUUUCAAAAUAUUAAAUCACUUUAAUAGUUUAUCCUAAAGUAUUAAAUCCUUUAAAAACCAAACAACCAAAAAAAAACCUUAUUCAAAAUAUUAAAUCGUGGCUAUCCUAUCUUAUACAGAGAUUAUUGAGGUUAAUGCAACUCAAGCUACACCAUGAUCUACCAUCUCCUGUCUAGUUAUUCUCCUGAAAGUGUCCAUGAAUGUGUUUUCACUGUAACUCUGGCAUUUAAAAUAUAAAGGAGUAAUUCAGUCCGUCCCACAUAGCAAACUCAGAGAGCUCAUUCUGGAUCCGAUAUCAAAAACUCUCCACCAUCAAUUCAACCUGCUUGGUCAAAACCUGUGCCUAAACCACCUCUUCCUUCCACUCUACCCUUCCUGCACCUAACUUAGUCAUAAGCUCUGUGGCAAAUGUAUAUUGCUAGCACAUAUCAUCCAAGCUCUUACUGACCCUUACAUUCUAUUUGUAUAUAAUAUAUCCUGUACAGAGCUACUGUAGUUAGGUCCAUGACUUGUAUAGUCCUGCCCUAUUCCGUGCUAAAUAGAUAAAAUAUGUUUUAUGGAAGGAUAUCAAUGGAAAGACUGCUAAAAUUUUGAUAAGGGGAAUGGAAGAUCUUAGUUUAAGUAAAGCUAAAAAAAAACUGCUUUGUUUAACCCUUUAAGGACCAAACUUCUGGAAUAAAAGGGAAUCAGGACAUGUCAGACAUGUCAUGUGUCCUUAAGGGGUUAAAGGGACACUAUAGUCACCAGAACAACUACAGCUUAGUGAAUUUGUUCUGGUGAGUAGAAUCAUUACCUUCAGGCUUUUUGCUGUAAACACUGUCUUUUCAGAGAAAAUGCAGUGUUUCCAUUACAGCCUAGUGAUAACUUCACUGGCCACUCCUCAGAUGGCUGUUAGAGAUCCUUCCUGGGUUAUGGCUGCCUAAAAUGCAUCCAAACAUUCAGUAUCUCCUCCCUCUGCAUGACACUGAACUUUCCUCAUAGAGAUUCAUUGAUUCAAUGUAUCUCUACGAGGAGAUGCUGAUUGGCCAGGGCUGUGUUUGCAUCCUGCUGGCUCUGCCCUGAUCUGCCUCUUUGUCAGUCUCAGCCAAUCCUAUGGGGAAGCAUUGUGAUUGGAUCAGGCUACCACUUCUGAUGAUGUCAGCAGACUGCUUGUUUUUCUGAGUCUAACAGCAUGCAGCGUUACAGCUUCUGACUUGAAUACAGUAAGAUUUUGCUAAGGCAUGUGUGUUCCUGACCAUAUAGUGAUCCUUUAAUAUAAAAAAUAGUGUCAUAGAGAAUAUAACGACACUACACAUCUGUACACAGGGCCAGUGCAAACCAUCAAUGGCAUAUGGCUUAAUUAACAGGACUCUACCAAGAACAUCAGUACUAGAGUUUAUAUACAGCACAAAGAAGAUCUGGAAUAUUCUGCCCAAAGAAGGGAUUUGAUUUUGUAGAGAUUCUACAUAUUAUGAGCAAUGACAGCUUGUUGAUUAAAGGAGAAAUCUUCUUGUCGUUAUAGAUUCAGUAAAGUAUCUGCUCCCAUUUUCUGGCACCAUUGCUGCAAAUCGGAUCAACAUCAGAAACAGAGCGUGAACCUCUGAACAUUUUUCAGUAUAAGUUGUAGUGUAGCUAUACUCCUGUCACUUGUUACAUACAGGUCUGUCCCUCCCCCCCAGGGAGUGUUGGGGACCUUACGUGCAUGCACUGCAUGUCCAUCUAAGUUUCUGCAUCACGUAAUUGGUCAGUGCAGCAAAAGCGCCACUACUGUCAUGGUCAGGCAGACUGAAGAAGAGAUGGAUUUGACCCUUCAUUGUGAAUAUUACAGUUUCUAAAAAAAGGUCAGUGUCUUACAUUACAGGGUUUAUAAGGACAGGACCACUGCCCUCAGAACACUUCGUUGUAAUGAAGUCGUCUGGAUGACUUUCGUAUUCCUUUAAUACAUACGAACAUACAUGUACCUUUUGUGUGCAUGUCAAUAUGUUUGUAUAUACACACACAUUUGUUAGUAGAUUUUAUUUUGGAAAAUGACUGCAUCCUGAGGUUAUCAUUCUAAUUACAAAUAGAUUGCAAGCUCAGAGGAUCGUAUACCCAUGAUGCAUUUUGUUUAAUUUUCAUAAACAUUGUGUUAUCUUGCAGUAAAUUAUUUUAUUUUUAUUAGAGACCAAUCUAUCCCACUGUACCGUACGGAUUAUGGGUUACAAAACCACAUAUAAAAAGACCAAUACGAUAUGAGCAGAGCGACUUUGCCCCAUGAGCUUACAGCGUAGCACACUGAUACUUUUAAACAAACUCCCGGGUAAGAACGUGUGGCUGUCAUUGAGCUUGCACUCUAAAGGUGUCAUUGGGGUAGUUCAGUUAAAGAAAAAAAUUAUAUUUCAUUUCCUCUUGGAGGCUCCAUUAAUGGCUGGCGUUGUACGUGAAUGAACACGGCUUGAUGAAUGAAGACUGUAACCCUUGCUGGGUGAAAGGUGCCAUCACAUUAUCAGACGAGCCUCUCUGAGUUCCUUCAAUGCACCUUUUUUAUUGUUUUGUUUGAGGACUGCCAGUUGUACCUCUUUGAAUGACACAAAGAAGCCGUUUUCUUAGUUGGCCGAUGCAGAUGUAGGGGUGGGGAUCGCCCAAUGUGCUGUCACCAUCUAAGAAUUUAGUGUUUUGUAGGACAGGAUUGCAAAACAAGUCCCAGCUGUUCAUAUGAAUCGCCCUUUUUGCAUUCACAUUGCGAGUAGCUUCAAACCUAACUGCUGACCUGAUUUUGUUUUAUGUUUUGGGGUUUUAGGAAGGAAAGGGUGGGGUACCCCAAAGAAAAGGAAGUUCAGGCAAAGAAAUAUGACCUUUCCACCUCUGUGGGCUAAUUUGCCUCCGUACUGUGGAGUGUGCCCUUUCCGUGUCAGAGAGAACAUGCUUUGGGAAUAAAGACAGGAAGUUUAAACUUAGUGAAAGAAGAAUUAGCUCAGAGCUGGGCGUCGGGGGACAGUGGAUCAUCAAGAGAUGGGUGGGGACCUCCUGGUCAUCCCAUCUGAAGAAUUUACUGAAACGCACUAACUCCGAACCCAGAGUAUCAAAACAAGCCAGACUGUAGGAGCUGAGUAAUACCGUUCACGGUCUGUAAAUCGCUACCAUCAAAUCCAACCUUUAUGCCAUCCAUCCCAAAAAAGGGUCUCGAUCUGUUGGACAAUCCGUUAUUCGGGUCUUAGUGUUAUCUGAAGGACGUUCUUAUUAACCAUAAAAUUAUCCAAACACAAUACGAUCAUACCCUUCUGAGUAUUAUUUUUGUUGCUUUCACCACAUUGCGUUAUGUUGUAAGGAGCCGCUGUGGUGUUUUAUUUAUAAUUUGUAAAUAUUACAUAAUUUCACUGGUAAUCCGACAGCUAAAGCACUCUCAGCCAUAGUACGUGUUCUGGUCUAUUAGUUGAAGGGCCAGAGUUUGACACCACUGGGUUAGAUUAGGCACAGCAGUUCAAAUUUGUUCCUGAAAUUACUUAUUGAAAUAAAAUGGUGCAGAUCCCAGUUCUGCGUAUAAGGAGAUAGUACGUAGCUAUAAUCCCUCGUUGUUUGUCAUCCUGGAACUCGCGUAUUUAUAUAAACUCAUAUUUAUAUAUAAGGCAGAUGUGAAGAGUUUUCAUCCUGCCGGGAAGUCCAUGCUCUCUCUUGGUCCAGAUAAGGGGCAGGAAGAGUCUGCGUCUCUGUGAUAGUGCGCGCAGUUUACAGUUUCCCUCGGCUAGUUCAAGCUCUCGCUUCCUGAUUAGAAUUCUUCUCCCAAUUUCCAGAUAAAAUCUCGGCGUAAAGGAUGCAGCAGGGAGCCCGGCUCAAUGUCAGCUGGCAGGCAAUGGGUUAAAGGAAAAUAAAUCUCAUAUUAGGAAUCUCACAGGCCAGGCCCGUCCUCCCCAUAUUACAAUCAUUCUUCCCAAAGUUUGAUCCAUUUCAUCUGGCUGAGGAUGAUUGUAGCUGCAGUCUAAAGCAUCCAGGGAGGUGUAAAAAGUGAUGGGGCGUUAUGCUUGUUCACAUGGAUACUCUCCUAUUGUUACACCCCUAUACUUACCCCGUGACACCCAUAUGCCGAUUCUCUGACCCCCCUAUAUGUACACACUGACAACCUUAUCCUUAGACCAUGACACCCCAAUAUUUACACCAUCACACCCCCUAUUCCUGACACCCCAAUACUUACACCAUAAUACUCCAAUACUUACACCAUGACACCCUAAUAUUUACGCUAUCACACCCCCUACUCCUGACACCCCAAUACUUACACCAUCAUACUCCAGUACUUAUGCCCUGACACCCCAAUACUUACACCAUCAUACUCCAGUACUUAUGCCCUGACACCCCAAUACUUACACCAUCACACCCAUAUUCAUAUUUCCUGGCUCUCCUAUUCAUUGGCACCCUUAUACUGACCCCCUAAUAUUUACACCCUGACAGCCCUAUCCAUAGGCACUUGCACCCUCUAUUCCUGACCCCCCUAUAUUUUCACCAUGACCGUGACACCUGCCCUUAUUCCUAUUCCCUAACUCCCCUAUUCUUACUUCUUGACACUAUUAAACUGACCCCCCAAUAUUUGCACAAUUAAACCUCUAUACUUAUAUCCAUGACAGCCCUAUACUAAUACCCCUAUAUUGACACCUUGGACACAUUAUUACACCUCUACACAGAAAGGUUGGGCGAAACAAACAGGUUUAUUUAUGUGGGAUAACAAGAUGUCCCAUUUGAAGGUGUAUGUCUAAUAUAAGCCAUAUUAAUAUCAGUUCUACCCUGCCCUCUAAAAGGGGAUGUCUAUGAAUUGUAACUGAGAUGCUAAAUCAGAGAUUUCUGUGUGUUUAGAUUACAUUGUCUGCUUCAGGGAGCUUACAGCCCAGUACUUAGUCUCUUUACCAGGGCGCCAUGUUAAUUUUGAAGAACAGUUCCAAUUAUAUCAGAACCCAACAGAUCAUGCAAGAGUGUGGUGUUGGCAUAGUAUGCAAAUCAUGGAAAUCCCAUGAUUCCACAAGCACUGGCCAUGUUUUACCCACAUUUCUGAGAUCAAAACAACAAACAGGAUAUUGGUUGGAUAAUAAAAUCUAUUACUAAAUAUACUAUUUAAUGUAUUAAUAUUAAAAAUACUUUAUUAAAAUGUAUAGUGAUAAAUAUAAUGAACAAAGAUUUAUUUUCUAUGUGGCAGUCUGCCAGAGUAUCACCGCCACGGAUGCCCUUUUCCCAAUAAACAAACAAAAAUAAUCCCAAAGGUAAAAUAUCGCCGAUGUCCCAUAACCCCCCACACAUGAGCCAAGGCUUAAUGCUGGGAGAAUACUGAUUUAUUUGGAGCCUCACGCGGCUUUUUAUGCAAAAGCCCCAACAUAGGGUUUCUAACACAGAAAAACAGGGAAAUCCCUCCCAUGAUCCUCUGUGCCUGAGAGAUAAUUAUCGGAAUACACAUCGCUCAUUAUAUUUUCUCGGGGACAGAAAAAUCAAGCAUUUCUUAACCACCCCAAAAGUACCCUCAAAAUAGAUGGAAAGCCUGGAUUUGGGUGAACAAUAUAUCAAAAAAUCAACCAGAUCUGUUCGGUAGUUUUGGAUCUCCAUCAUGGGGAAGUUCUGAUCGGUCUGCCACGAGGUUGAAGCCCAAAAUAGUUCCAGUGAAGUUGUGGCAAAAGCCGGUCUCCGUUCGUGGGGUUUUGUACAAAAACCACAUAAGGUAGAGGAAAGCUGGUUCCUGUAGAAUUCUCCCCCUGUUCGGUAGUCUGUAACUCCCAAACGCUGUUUGUGUAGGUGUAGUGGAAGUGGAAUGGGCCGUAGGUCCAUGGUGACUGGUGUUAGCGGGAGUGCCUGGGCGAAAACAGUUCCAGGCACUCGACGACCAAGUCCCGCUGCCAGAAUUCGGGCGGCCACCAUAAAAUAUAUCCAAAAGGCUCUAUAACAUGUGAGUGAGAUUAUAUAUAUAUUUUUGAACUCCUUUUGGAUAUUGGUAAAACAUAUUGCACCAAAUUCUCUUUAUAUUUUCUUCCUUUACAUAUAUCUAUCUAUAUACCCCGUACAAAAAAAAAGGGGUAAGUAACAUUAAAUAGCGCUGCACUCGCACUUGUGUGUUUAGGAGGUGGGGCACAUUACCUAAACAUAGAGUUUGUUUGGUUCACUUAUUACAUAUUACACCUAUUAGCAGCCACAGCAUGUAAUGGAAAUUAGUUUAACCCUUACAGUGCUGAAUGUGAGCACCAUACGCACAUACGUCAUUAUUUAGGGGAAAAUUACCUGCGGAGGUAAAUAUGUUUUUUCUUCUUUUUUUCACAUUACUCCCUUAAUGAACCACAUUCACCAGGGUGAGGUAACAAUAGGCUAUUACUGUCAGGGAUUUAAAGGGUUUCAUUUUUUUUAUAAUUUAGAUAUCAAUUAGAUUUGUGCAUUUGGUUUCAAAUAAAUUGCAAUCCAUCCGAAUUUUGGGUGAUCGGCAAUUUGCCAGAAUUCCUCAACUCCGAAGCGCCGAAUGGACGAAUCCGGCAACAAACAAAACUGGCAAUGGACGAGCUGUUUAGUUUGUUACAUCAUUCUGAGUUCAUGACACCAGAAAAAGGGAGAGGGCGUGGAAAAAAUGAAUUUUUGUGUGUUUUGCAGCAUACUAAUAGGCGUAUUUUUGCACCAUAUCAAUUUGUCUGAAAUCUGAAAUAGUUCUCCAAAAAUGAUCGCAUGGGCGAAAUUAUUCUGCACCGACGCCACACGAGUGAAAUUCAGUUUGUCCAAAUAUAGAUUUUUUUCCCCUGGGUGCACUGUUUUUUUUUUUUUUUGUUCACAAGUCUAAUAUAGAUAUAAUCUGCACAAUUACACGUUUACAUUAAGGUAAUUGUAUACAUUGUGCUCCCUGUGCUGGCGCAAUGCGCAGACUGAUACAGUCAGGUCCAUAAAUAUUGGGACAUCGACACAAUUCUAAUCUUUUUGGCUCUAUACACCAACACAAUGGGUUUGAGAUGAAACAAACGAUGUGCUUUAACUGCAGCCUUUCAGCUUUAAUUUGAGGGUAUUUACAUCCAAAUCAGGUGAACGGUGUAGGAAUUACAACAGUUCAUGGGACACACAUCUUCCUCUUGGUCACCUGGCGGACAGGUUCUGCCACGCAGUGUUGGGAUAACGGAGAAACGUGGUCACUCAGUAUUUCAGCGCUUAAUCAGUGUCGGUUUAUUGGCAGCCCUGACUGGUUACUAUGUGGGGCAUUAUCCUGGCAUGAAUGCGCGGUAGGAUGAGAUGCCCCUAUUCCUAGUUAUCAUGUUAAUUAUGUCACUGGCAUGCCCACCCAGCUGAUCUGACCCGUGAGAGUCAAAUGGCUAAUAUCCACCCAAUGUGCCGCCCGUUAUUUAAACUUAUGUCAUUGUACAAAGCACUCGUUCUUCAGCCACGAAAUGUAGUUCUAUGGAAAGAUUAUACAUUUUAAUCUAAAUUAUCCAAGAUGGGAAAAUUUGUCAAUUCUUCACAAUUCACUGUUUAGUGAAUAUACCCCUUGGAGUCCAAUGAGCUUGAAAUCAGCCUGUAUAGCUUUAAGGUAUCUAAAAUCUAUAGUAAAUGAUACUGGUCCCAAGAGCUAGCAAUCACAUGAUGUGACUAGCAGAGAAAACUUCCAGCUGUAAAUGUGAUCACAAUACACCCCCCUAUCAGGAGCAGUAUUUGGCAGGGGAUGAGAUCCCAGUGAUGUCACCAGGCUGCAGCCAAUCCCAGGCUGAGUGAGUGUUUUUGGGAGCUGGUCACAGUGCCCCCAGCUCCCUGGCCUCUCCCCCUGACAUUCAGUGACAGCUCACACUCAGUCCAGGAGAGAGCAGGGACAGGGGGGGACACAGCACAUUCUGGGACUUGGUAAGCUGACUUUAUAACUCUCUCUCCCUCUCCUGUUGGAUUUAGGGGUGAAGGCUCAGAGAAGGGAUUCAGUCUGAGCACAGAAUCAAAAACUGAUAUUCUGAGUGUUACAAUGUAUAGAGCAAACUGGGAAUUUAUCAGUGUUAAAUGUGGGGUGCACAGCAUUACUAUAUCUACAGAGUGGGGUACGAAAUAUUACUAUAUCUAUAGAUUGGGGUACUGAACAUCACUAUAUCUAUAGAGUGGGGUACUAAAUAUUACUGUAUCUAUAGAUUGGGGUACUGUACAUUAGUGUAUCUACAUAGUGGGGUGCAUGCACCUCACUACCAUAAUUUAACCCCCUCUCCAAACAGACUGUGAGACACAGACCUGUAAACACUGGGGUUACACAUUUUUUUUCAGAUUUAAUAAUGCUAUACAUUUUGGGGUGAAAUCCCAGUAAUUUUAGAAUCUGCUAUAUUUUGUGUUUUGUGACAAUUUGACUUGUUUUAUUGUACAGGUAAUGUGUUCAUAUGUUUUUCAUAUUCUAAAUGUUAUUACAUAUUUGUAAACGUGUCUAUAUGAAAUAUAAAUAUAUAUAAAACAAGACAUGUGUUGGUAAUGGUAACAAUGAUGAAAGCAUGUUGUAUGAGACGUGGUUCACUAUUGAAUUUAUUUGAUAUUAUAUAUCAGUCGCACGGUCUAUUCACUGAUUCUGUAUGCUGCUGAUAGGAUUUCAGUGAUGUGAUGCGUUUUGGGAUAAGGUUGGCUAAUGACACAUUGAUCACAUUCUGUUAUAUUAUAUAAAAUACAUAUAGCACUCAUAGCAGCAGUGUGAUAAUUUUACAGAAAACUUUGUGAGUUCAUAGAACUGUUACCCAGUAGAGAUGGUAAGGGCUGAGUUCUGUUAUAGAAACACAGCAUGCAGAAUGGGCUUUAGGAAUAAACAUCGUAGUAAUUUAUUGUCGACAAAAUAUCUGUAUUGUAGCCAAUUAAAUGUGUUCAAUGAGAAGAAAAAAAUAUAUACACAGCACUAACUCAAUAUCUCACGUUACAUAUUGUAAAAUAUUCCGAUCUGCCUGUCUAGCUCACUAUGUAUCUAUUCAUACACUUAUUAAUUUUACAUUUACUUUCAGUCACUACAUCUUUUAUAUGUCUGACUAUAUCUCAGCGGCUUGUCUGUUUAUCUCUGUAUCUUUUUGUAUAUACCUUUUCAUUUGCUAUUUACUGUCUCUCUGCGUUAAUUUGUCUGUAUCUAAAUCUCUACAUCUGUCUCUUUGUUUCUCUGUCAUCUAUUUUCCUCUACACACCACCCAACCAUCCGUCCACCUAACCAUUCACCCACCCAGCCAACCAGCUGUCCACCCAUCCAUCCACCCACCCAACCAUCCAUCGACCUGUCAACCCAACCAUCCAUCCAUCCCCAUCCAUCCAUCCGCCCGUCCAUCCGUCCACCCAACCAUCCAUCCAUCCACUCAACCAUCCAUCCAUCCGCCCGUCAACCCAACCAUCCAUCCAUCCACUCAACCAUCCAUCCAUCCAUCCGCCCGUCAACCCAACCAUCCAUCCAUCCGCCCGUCAACCCAACCAUCCAUCCAUCCACUCAACCAUCCAUCCAUCCAUCCGCCCGUCAACCCAACCAUCCAUCCAUCCGUCCGUCCACCCAACCAUCCAUCCAUCCACUCAACCAUCCAUCUGUCCACUCAACCAUCCAUCUGUCCAUCCAACCAUCCAUCCUUCCAUCCACCUGUUAACCCACCACCACACAUCUCUUUCACAGUCUGAAUAUCCAUAUAUCGCACAGAUCUUUAUGUAUCACUCCCAGUACUAUUGCUGUAUGAUAAUUAGUAUCAGUAGAACGGGCAAUGUGCUGUACAUUGGGAAAUGAGAGCACUUGGUAAAUAUCAGUCUAGCUGUUAUAGACUGUCUUGGGUAGUUGUUCGUACUGGGUGGCAAUGAUGGUUUGUUUAUAAACAUACAGAUACAUGUAUAUGUACACUGUGUAGGACAGGAUAGAGCCGGGGGAUUGAGAAUACACCCAUUAUUAUUCAGAGUGAUUAAUGUUCCAUCAUUACGUUAGUAAACAGUGUCACUCAGAAAGGUCGAGCUCACGCUCAUUUCCCUUCUUUGUUUUGCUCUUUUUUGUUUCUAACUUUUUUAAAACAAUCCCAGGAUUACUGAUCAUGCCGUAAAUUGUCAGAGAUUAAAGCAAAUUAGAAUUUCUGACAUUUUAUACGUUAGUGAAUAGCCUUGGUCCUUCAUGUUUCCAAUAAGAGCAUUUAAAACACUUACAUUUCCAUCGUUACGGUAUACAUUGGCUACACUACCUGUAAUGAAUGCUGCUGCUAGACUGAUUUUCCUCUCUAGUCGGUUCUCUCACACCUCACCCCUCUGCCAGUCCUUACAUUGGCUUCCUGUGUGCUAUAGGAGUCAAUUCAAGGCACUAACUCACACCUAUAAAGCACUGAACAACUCUAGCCCCUCUUAUAUCUCCUCACUGAUCCACAGGUAUGUCCCUUCUCGGUCUCUCCGCUCUGCCCGUGACCACCUCCUGUCCGUUGUCCGCACCCGUACGGCCAACUCGCGCUUGCAGGACUUCUCGCGGGCGGCUCCCUUCCUAUGGAAUAGCCUGCCUACCGCCAUCCGACUCUCCCCUAGUCUUGCAUCUUUUAAGAAGUGCCUUAAAACCCAUCUCUUUAGGAAAGCUUAUGGCCUUCAAGACUAACCCCUACCUCACAUACCCGUCUCUUGCCCUCUCCUAAAGGGCAGCCCACCUUAUUUGAUUACACAUUCCUGUCCUAACGUGUCUUACACCCCACCUCCUAUAGAAUGUAAGCUCGAUUGAGCAGGGUCCUCUUCAACCUAUUGUUCCUGUAAGUUUAUUUGUAAUUGUCCUAUUUAUAGUUAAAUCCCCUUUCAUAAUAUUGUAAAGCGCUACGGAAUCGCUAUAUAAAUGGCAAUAAUAAUAAUAAUAAUAAUAUGCAUUAAUGCAUUAUUUAAUUAUUUGGAUGAAUACUCUGAUUAAUGAGACACAGACCAGGAGGUGACACCCGUAUUUAAUGGUUUUUAUAGGUGAUCCAUAGGAUCUGAUAUCAUAUAAAAAUAUUCAGAACUUACUGGUAUUUAAUGGUUUUUAUAGGUGAUCCAUAGGAUCUGAUAUCAUAUAAAAAUAUUCAGAACUUACUGGUAUGUGCGCAGUGGAAGCUUGGUGAGGGGAGACAGAAACGUAUGUGUACCUUGUUGCUUUGAUGACUCCCAGUAAUGGAAAGGGUAAUAACUGUAGGAUUUUGCAGACACCGGGAGACAGGGACAUAGGACCUCCUUGUACCAGUGUUGUGCAAUGCGCUAUAAUUUAUUAUGGGGAUUAGACUGUCCCUUUAAUCUUAAAAAAAUCUAGAAUCUGUAUAAUAUACUUUAAUGUUGAAACAUCACUCUCUAGAAAUUGCACCAAUUGAAUAAAACUCAGAAAUUCAGCUAUAACUUGUGUUAACAUUUUUGUGAAGUGAUGGUCCAUUUUCUUUUAAGUUUAUAUGAGAGAUUCACCAUAUGACAUCAUAAACUAGUUCAGAGAAGGCACAGCCUGGGCACACAAUGCAAAUGAUGAGAAGAAACAGAAACAUUGUAUCAUUUCUCAUCUUCUCUGUGUGCUCUGUGCUGAUUGCCAGGUGUAAUGGGUGGAGCUUACAACAAUGAUUGCCAGGGAGCUAAGAUGAGCCCACUUACAGGAUGAAGAGGUGUUGAUUUCUACAUUGAAUUUUAUUUUUCACACCUCAUGACCGGUAGUGAUGCCCUUUUUGUAGCCUGUCAGACCACAGACAUGUUUCCUAAGUCAGACAUGUUAACCAUGAACUAAUUAGAAUUAGGAAGAUAAUCGGUGCCGCUGGGGAUGGGGUGAGAUUUCAGAGAAGGGGAAGGCUUUCAAAAUGAAGACUUUGUAUCUAUUUCACUCACCAUCUCCUUCCCAAAUUCUUCAACAUCACAUUUAUAAAAUAUUGUUUAUUGUAUUCUUUCAGGGCCGUAUAUUCCCCUAUAAUGGGCACUUGAAACCCUCGAAGGUUUACUUACUAAACAUUGAACUAUGGUGUUACUGCAUUACCUCUCUAUAUAUACCUUACUUCGAUCGCAUUCAUUCUUGUGUUUUUUGUAAUUAGUCAGAUUACUAGAAAGAUGUUUUAGAAAUUUUAGCCGGUCAUGUGUUUCUGCUUUGAAAAUGCGUAAAAUGCAACAAUUUGGGGGAUUAUUCACAAACCAGAAACCGACAAUUGAUGAAAACGAAAAUAUUUAAGCCAAGAUAGCCAGGCUGAAAACUGAUUGAAUUGAGGGAGUUUUUGUCUAUUUCAGCCUAAAAUGUUCAAUUUCCAUGUCAAUUCAACACAAAGCCAGCUUAGUUUUUGGUCUAAACUCUGCAUUUAACAUUUUUAAUUAAUCAAAUUGUCACUCUUACUGAAUAAUACAUUAUAGUCUUUUAUUAUUAUUAUUAUUAUUAUUUAUAUCGUGCCAGCAAAAUUCCCUAGCAUUGUACAAUGGGUAUAAGGUCGAGAUUUAUUUUUAAAAGCAGUAAUAUCUCAGUUUCUGUUAAACUGUCAAUGUAAAUUAAGCUCCAAAACUAAAUCCAUUGCUCAAAAUAUUACAAUUUAUCUAUAAACACAUGUAAUUUCAUGGGGCCACGAAACCUCUCUCUGAGUUAAAAUGGCUGCCUGGUGACUUAACCACACUAAUUACACUCUUUAUUUUUACUGCAACUCUUAUAGCAGGCAAUACAUCAUGGGAAAUGUAGUUUUGUAGCAGAUGGGGUGGGGCUAUAUUUUGGCUAUUUCUGCUACAGAGACUCAACAACACAACAACAAGAUAUCCUGGUGAGUCUGCACUCUCGAUCUUGUCUUCAUCUCAAGUCCUUGGGCCAGGUCUUCGCUAAAGAUCCUGGUCUCUUUCCAUUUAGAGAUGAUUUGGUAAUGUUGUCAUAAUGACCUUCUCAUUGACAAACCUACAGUACAUGAAGGCCCACAAAUGUCCAAAAGGGCUUCUGGUGACUCUUAAAAAUGAAAUGUUACUGAUGGCUCUUACCUUUUACGUUGUAUGUAAAUAUAACACUUUUCUUGGAAAAGAUACACUUAGUUUUUCAAUAAUUAUUUCUUCCUCCUAAAUGCUACAAAUGUGUGUAAAAUUCUGCUCUGCAUUGAAAAUAUGCCCAAUAUUAAUGAAAUGCCUUCACGUCCUUAGUCCUUUCUUCCAGUGUUUGAAUACUUCAUCUUGCUCAUUUGUGGACUGAGCAGCAAACAUUCUGGGGAAAGUCUGUGUUUGCAAAUUCUGUUAGUAUCAUAUUGGUUGGACUAGAUAGCUCCCAACACCUUCUUUGUACAAAAGUCAGCCUGGAGCAGAAGACCUUUUUUUCUAGUGUCAAGGAAUCGGUUCUUCAUGAGAUAUCCUAUGCUUAGUUGUUUCAUGGACACCUUUUCAAUAAAGUGCAUCAAGACACCUGUUACAUUCAUUGACUUUCAAAAGUAUCUUUAAGUAAUAGCUUGGCUUAAUAUGCAUUGUGUUAACGAAGGUCAUACUUGAAGAAUAUGCUUCAAGUCUGCAUUGUCACGGAAAAGUGCAGGUGCAAUGUCAACAGGAUGUCAUCUCUUUAAGUGAAGGAGGUAGAGCACUACAGUUUUUCUAAAUUAUAGAAGAGCUUGAUAGAAGGAUGACUGCCUGAAUGUCUCUUUUUGGCAGUAGUUGUCCACCACAUUGUAUAUUUAGACAUAGACAUCUCAAAAGCAUAUUUGCUGCACAUAUUGCCUUGGUGGAAGAGUAAAACCCUCCAUAAAAUGUAUGGGGAGCUAAAACCUGAUUCUUUAUUCACACACCAUAAGAAGAGACACAUCUCCAGACAGUCGCAGAUACAUGAGUCUUCCUUAUUAGACCUCAAUAAAAAGUUAUGUGAAUGGGGAAAGAGUAGGCCCACAAAGGACUUUUACGCUUGUUUAAGAUGUUUGUAAGAUAACAGUCAAUGGUUCAUCAUAUUUUUUUCCUGAAGAGAAGAAGACUUUUCUGAUACACUUGAAAGUUUAGUUGAGGUACAGUAGUAGAGCUUCCUAAACCAAUGAUGGUUAUCUACUGGCUUAGGUAAUUAUUGUUUGUAUUUUAAUCCCAAGUAGGAGACUAUAUUGAGGAGAAUGGAGCAGUAAUAUGUUUCAAACAAUGGGAGACAAGACAAGCGUGUGUAGAAAAAACUUGACCAAGGAUGGACAGAGCUGGUAGUUAGUGCCAUGUGGCAUUGUCUAACAGAGAGUGUCUUGUGUGUUAUGAAGCCAAGUUUCUCAUUAUAGAGGAAACACCACAACACAGUCAUUUCAUGAUCUUACGAGAAUUGUCCGGAGCCCAACACUGACACAGAUUCACUGUGGGUUAAGAAUAGAAAGUGGCUGCUUUCACGCCCAGUUUAUGUUUGAGCCAAUAUUGUUCUGCAUCUUCUCCAUUUUUUUCCUGUUUAGGCUCUUCCAGACAGUGUUAAUGUAAAAAGGAGGUGUAAGGGUGCACUUUCCCAACAAAGGCCUUCAUCUAAUAUUUUUGGAUAGGCUUUUCAAAUGAUUUAUCUACAGCCAUCACAAUUAAAGUCUAAAAAAUAGAAGAAAACAUUUUGAGGAAUAAAAAGUGUAAGAAAGACAAGUUAUUUGUGUUCAUAACAGAAAAAGAGGAUAAAGUCCCCAGUGUACAAAAGUUGGAGUAACAGCUUUAUACAAUAAGAAAAGGGUGAAUUCACACAACGUAAGUUUGUAAAUAACUGUUGUAGAUAAAGACACUGACCAGCAGACAUUGAUCAUGAAGAUUCAAAUGCAGAGGUUUCACGUUUACAAAUGAAUAGAAUUUCAUCGCUUUAUAACAGCCACAUUGUACGUGGAGCGUUACUACCUCAAAUUGUGACCAUAUUGCAGUUAUUUAAGUUGUCUUGAUACCAACUCUAAAAUUAUACAUUUUCUGGUUAAUUAAGUUUCUAGAUUGGUCAAGUUUUGAAGAACAUUUAACGUGUUUCCUCUUCGCCACCCAAAACAGACAGUGUUUGGGGGUGCUUUGUUGCUCUGUUUCUGGUUUGUGUAUAAUCGUGUCAUGUAGCAAAACUAGCAAACUAUAAUGGUUAUAAUAAUAAUAAUAUUGUAACAUCCCCUGUAAUUUGUAGGGGUAAUGGGGGGGUUAAUAAUUCCUUACCAGAAAAGGUUAAAGGAUCUUAACAUGUAUAACUUGGAGGAAAGACGAGACAGGGGGGAUAUGAUAGAAACAUUUAAAUAUAUAAAGGGAAUCAACACAGUAAAGGAGGAGGCGAUAUUUAAAAGAAGAAAAACUACCACAACAAGAGGACAUAGUCUUAAAGGACCACUCUAGGCACCCAGACCACUUCAGCUUAAUGAAGUGGUCUGGGUGCCAGGUCCAGCUAGGGUUAACCCGUUUUUUCAUAAACAUAGCAGUUUAGGAUAAACUGCUAUGUUUAUGAAUGGGUUAAGCCUUCCCCUAUUUCCUCUAGUGGCUGUCUCAUUGACAGCCACUAGAGGCGCUUGCGUGCUUCUCACUGUGAAAAUCACAGUGAGAGCACGCGAGCGUCCAUAGGAAAGCAUUAUGAAUGCUUUCCUAUGUGACCGGCUGAAUGCGCGCGCAGCUCUUGCUGCGCAUGCGCAUUCAGCCGCAUGGGAGGAGAAGAGGAGGAUCGGAGGUGGAGAGCUCUCCGCCCAGCGCUGGAAAAAGGUACGUUUAAACCCCUUUCCCCUUUCCAGAGCCGGGCGGGAUGGGGACCCUGAGGGUGGGGGCACCCUCAGGGCACUAUAGUGCCAGGAAAACGAGUAUGUUUUCCUGGCACUAUAGUGGUCCUUUAAAUUAGAGGGACAAAGGUUUAAAAAUAAUAUCAGGAAGUAUUACUUUACUGAGAGGGUAGUGGAUGCAUGGAAUAGCCUUCCAGCUGAAGUGGUAGAGGUUAACACAAUGAGGGAGUUUAAGCAUGCAUGGGAUAGACAUAAGGCUAUCCUAACUAUAAGAUAAGGCCAGGGACUAAUGAAAGUAUUUAGAAAACUGGGCAGACUAGAUGGGCCGAAUGGUUCUUAUCUGCCGUCACAUUCUAUGUUUCUAUAAUACUUUGAUGCCAGUUGCACUCCUCGCUCAUUAGGCUUGGCUGACUGAAGACUGAUAGGAGUUGCAGUCUGGUGAUGUAGCACAAGGACAAUCAGAUUAUUGUUACAAAGUAAAAAUUAAAUUCGCUAAACCUGAGAACAGCGGAGAAUUGACGAGUGACACAUUUCACAACAAAACAUUAAAGCUGAAAACAUUAGUAAUUCGGUUACAUUUCCAAUUCUAUUAUUUUAGCCUAAAAUUUACAAUUCUCUUCUCGAUUCUCCCCAAUUUCCAGAUUAGCGAAUAAACUCUUGUGAUUUGCUUUGAAAGGCCAUGCAAAUCUGAAGGAGACAUACUUGCGUUUUUGCCAGCACGAGGGUGCCCCUUUAAAUCUAUCUUUUGGAAUAUUUCAUGGCUUGCUCACCGGGGAAAUAAAAUGACGUUUCGGCUCUGCAAUCCCAGGAAGGAUGUGAGUGUAAAGAGGAUAUGCAGUCCUACUAUAGCGGGGCCUGCUAGCUCCAAACCACUGAAGGGUGCGGGAUGAACGACGUGACGCCCCAGUGUCUGAGACUUUUGGGAGUUUGUGAUGUAUCAGGAAGGGCUCCUUCCUUCCUCCUGACUUCGUCCUACAAUACGUUAAAUACCUUAAAUAUUUUCCAUUGCAGGAGCGUGAUUAGACAUCGGAAGUAACCGUAACGUUAUCAAGCCAGUCGCUUAUAGAAUAUUUAUUAAUUACAAGAACAUAGAUAUUCGUAUAUGUCGAUAUUGUUUAAUAGUUUUAUUUUUAAUAAUCUGCUCUAACUUACUAUCUGACAGGUGCAUGUGGGACGCAAGUGGUACGGCAUGUGACAGGGACACGUCAAUGUAUACAUGUACACCAGUGCUGACAUGUUGAAUGCCAAAACACCUCACGCAUACACACAGCACUGCAACCCCCCUCAUACAUACACAGAGCACUGCAACCCCCCUCACCUAUACGUAGAGUACUGUAACCCCCCUCAACCAUAUGCAGAGCACUGCAACCCCCCUCAUCCAUACGCAGAGCACCUCAACCCCCCUCAUCCCUAUACAUACGCAGAGCACUGCAAGCCCCUCACCCAUAUGCAGAGCACUGCAACCCCCCUCAUACAUACACAGUGCACUGCACCCCCUCAUAUAUACGCAGAGCACUGCAACCCCCUCAUACAUACACAGAGCACUGCAACCCCUCUCACCCCUACACAGAGCACUGCAACCCCCCUCAUACAUACACAGAGCACUGCAACCCCUCUCACCCCUACACAGAGCACUGCAACCCCCCUCAUACAUACACAGAGCACUGCAACCCCCCUCAUACAUACGCAGAGCACUGCAACCCCCCUCACCCAUACGCAGAGCAUUUAAAUCCUUGUUAUUUUUUAAAUAAUUAAAGGGGCUUAUAAUUUUACUAACCGUCUAUCGGGUUAAACACAAAUGACGUUGUAAUAAAUUGUAAGUAGAAUUGUAGAGUUUAGUUUACUUUGUUGAGUUGACUUUCCAAGUCAGUUAUAGUCUUAUUGAGCGAUUAGGAUUUCACUUCUAGUAUUCCUCACCGAGAAUAUAGAAUAAAUUCGCCACGCAGCCGCCUAACGGUGUGACAUUUAGAUGUUCUGUUAUCUUGGCUCGGUGGUGGUGUUCCAUAUAUCUGAUUUGUGUCCCUGUCUUGGGGCACGGUGUGGCUGUGUGGGUGUCUUGUUUGUGGUAGUGAGAGAUUAAUUCGGAACGUGUCCAAAGCUUGUCUGAAAAUGGAGUAAGGGCCACAGCUGCAGAAUGAUUAUGAUGACUGAGUACAUGAGGAAACAUAAAGCGGGGGAUCUGCCACCGCCUGCACGGGAAACAGAUAGCCAGCGUAGGAUUAAUUCACUAAAUGGCGAGUUACGGAGAACUGACACGGGAAUUGCAAGUGUGAGGGCAGAACAUUUUCCAACAUCUGUUUUGUUGCUUUUUUUCCCUCGUCCGUUCUACAGAACUCUCUGUUUGUGAAUAAUCUCUACAAUUGGAAAUGUCACGAUUAAAUGACCCUGCUGGGUAUCAGAGUACAGUUUUAAACGCUGGAUAGAUACAUCGCGGGGGAAUUAAUUCAUUUUCAUUUUGGUUUGGGCUGAGGAUGUUGUAAAACGUGCCUCAUUGUUCAUUAAAGUGAGAUUAUUAAUAGAGAUACUCUGUAUUAACAUGAACUGACGCGGACAUAAGGCCUGGUUCACUAACAUUGCGCGGCUUGACUCUUAGUAAAUCUUAUUAAUUAUUGGUGACAGACAGUGCCACAUUGGGGAGAAAGCUUCUUGACAUGCAGACCCCGAGAAUCUGCUCAUUCACUUUGAGACAAACUCUGAGAAAUUUACAGGAGGAAUCUGCCCAUUUAACGAGAGCAUCUUCCCAUUCACCCCAAAGAAUCUGCCCAUUCCGCCUGCAACGUGUGUCCAGUGUAAUAUGCAGCCUUGUUCCCAGGAGUUUCCAUUUUAGUGGUUUAAUGUCAGUAUGUUUAUACCAAUACAUAAUUAAAUAAUUCUUCUAAAGAAGCUUACCGAUUAUUAGUGUAUAAAUUAUUUAAUCAACAUUAGUAAAGCCUUGUUAUUAUACUAUUAAUAAAGCACCUAAGUAGCACGUAGUGCUGUACAAUGCAUUGAAUGCAGUAACCUUUACUCUAGAGCUGCAUUUGGCUCCUGCUGGGGUCUGCGCAGACACUCAGAAUAUUCAGAGGGUAAAGGUCAGAGCCCCAGGAGAGAAAAAAGCCUCAAAUAGCCAGUUAGUCGUCCUCACUGAGGUCUGGAAAUUCCUGACUGUGCUAUAGCUGCACCAGCCUCCAGCUUUCUGAGCACAGGGUGAAUUGGAGCAGAAUGGGUCACCCUGAUUCACUCUUUAUUAAUCCCAGCAUCGUCUUACACUCUCCAGUAUUAUUUUGGCUGCAUAUCAGCAGGUACCAACUGAACAUUCAUUAUACAAGGCUCCUGCUGAGUUCAUCCUGGAGUAUAAUGUAAGAGGAACCCAGCAGCUCUCCAUAGAACUCUGCAUCUCUAAACCCAGCAGCUCUCCAUAGAACUCUGCAACUCUGAACCUAGCAGCUCUCCAUAGAACUCUGCAGCUCUCCAUAGAACUCUGCAACUCUGAAUGUAUCUCUGAACCCAGCAGCUCUCCAUAGAACUCUGCAUCUCUGAACCCAGCAGCUCUCCAAAGAACUCUGCAGCUCUCCAUAGAACUUUGCAACUCUGAAUGUAUCUCUGAACCCAGCAGCUCUCCAUAGAAAUCUGCAACUCUGAACCUAGCAGCUCUCCAUAGAACUCUGCAGCUCUCCAUAGAACUCUGCAACUCUGAAUGUAUCUCUGAACCCAGCAGCUCUCCAUAGAAAUCUGCAUCUCUGAACCCAGCAGCUCUCCAAAGAACUCUGCAGCUCUCCAUAGAACUCUGCAACUCUGAAUGUAUCUCUGAACCCAGCAGCUCUCCAUAUAACUCUGCAUCUCUGAACCCAGCAGCUCUCCAUAGAACUCUGCAACUCUGAAUGUAUCUCUGAACCCAGCAGCUCUCCAUAGAACUCUGCAACUCUGAACCCAGCAGCUCUCCAUAGAACUCUGCAACUCUGAAUGUAUCUCUGAACCCAGCAGCUCUCCAUAGAACUCUGCAAGUCUGAACCCAGCAGCUCUCCAUAGAACUCUGCAAGUCUGAACCCAGCAGCUCUCCAUAGAACUCUGCAACUCUGAACCCAGCAGCUCUCCAUAGAACUCUGCAACUCUGAACCCAGCAGCUCUCCAUAGAACUCUGCAAGUCUGAACCCAGCAGCUCUCCAUAGAACUCUGCAACGCUGAACCCAGCAGCUCUCCAUAGAACUCUGCAACUCUGAACCCAGCAGCUCUCCAUAGAACUCUGCAACUCUGAACCCAGCAGCUCUCCAUAGAACUCUGCCUCUCUGAACCCAGCAGCUCUCCAUAGAACUCUGCAACUCUGAACCCAGCAGCUCUCCAUAGAACUCUGAACCCAGCAGCUCUCCAUAGAACUCUGCCUCUCUGAACCCAGCAGCUCUCCAUAGAACUCUGCAACUCUGAACCCAGCAACUCUCCAUAGAACUCUGCACCCAGCAGCUCUCCAUAGAACUCUGCAACUCUGAACCCAGCAGCUCUCCAUAGAACUCUGCCUCUCUGAACCCAGCAGCUCUCCAUAGAACUCUGCCUCUCUGAACCCAGCAGCUCUCCAUAGAACUCUGCAACUCUGAACACAGCUGCUCUCCAUAGAACUCUGCAACUCUGAACCCAGCAGCUCUCCAUAGAACUCUGCAACUCUGAACCCAGCAGCUCUCCAUAGAACUCUGCCUCUCUGAACCCAGCAGCUCUCCUUAGAACUCUGCAACUCUGUACCCAACAGCUCUCCUUAGAACUCUGCCUCUCUGAACCCAGCAGCUCUGCAUAGAACUCUGCAACUCUGAACCCAGCAGCUCUCCAUAGAACUCUGCAACUCUGAACCCAGCAGCUCUCCAUAGGACUCUGCCUCUCUGAACCCAGCAGCUCUUCAUAGAACUCUGCAACUCUGAACACAGCAGCUCUCCAUAGAACUCUGCAACUCUGAACCCAGCAGCUCUCCAUAGAACUCUGCCUCUCUGAACCCAGCAGCUCUCCAUAGAACUCUGAACCCAGCAGCUCUCCAUAGAACUCUGAACCCAGCAGCUCUCCAUAGAACUCUGCCUCUCUGAACCCAGCAGCUCUCCAUAGAACUCUGCAACUUGAACCCAGCAGCUCUCCAUAGAAUCCCCCUGCACCCAGCAGCUCUCCAUAGAACUCUGCAACUCUGAACCCAGCAACUCUCCAUAGAACUCUGCACCCAGCAGCUCUCCAUAGAACUCUGCAACUCUGAACCCAGCAGCUCUCCAUAGAACUCUGCCUCUCUGAACCCAGCAGCUCUCCAUAGAACUCUGCCUCUCUGAACCCAGCAGCUCUCCAUAGAACUCUGCAACUCUGAACACAGCUGCUCUCCAUAGAACUCUGCAACUCUGAACCCAGCAGCUCUCCAUAGAACUCUGCAACUCUGAACCCAGCAGCUCUCCAUAGAACUCUGCCUCUCUGAACCCAGCAGCUCUCCUUAGAACUCUGCAACUCUGUACCCAACAGCUCUCCUUAGAACUCUGCCUCUCUGAACCCAGCAGCUCUGCAUAGAACUCUGCAACUCUGAACCCAGCAGCUCUCCAUAGAACUCUGCAACUCUGAACCCAGCAGCUCUACAUAGAACUCUGCAUCUCUGAACCCAGCAGCUCUCCAUAGAAUUCUGCAACUCUGAACCCAGCAGCUCUUCAUAGAACUCUGCAACUCUGAACCCAGCAGCUCUCCAUAGAACUCUACUUCUCUAAAUGUAUCACUGAACCCAGCAGCUCUCCAUAGACAUACUGCUAAGAUGCUAAACCCUGCAGCCUUCCUCAGACUUAACACUUGAGGUCUUUGUAGGCUGAACGUUGCAGCUCUCUACAGUCUUAAAGGGAGGCUCGUAGCUUGAGUUCCCAGCGCACACAGCCUAUUACAGCUCUGUGUGUUGGUUAAGCUGCGUUUUUUUAUAAAACAAAUAAAAUCGUUUCAGAGCAAGUUGUAUAGCAGCAAGGUGACUGAUAACACAGUUUUGUCCUGUGAAAGUCGAUAUUAUUGACACAAAUUGCUGGUCAGUUACUAUCAAUGAGAGUCUCAGCUUUAUAAAAGAGCUAUUGCUGAAACAUAAAAGGUAUUUUAGUGAAGAAUUUUAUUAGGAGAAAAAUUCCCAGGUCUGAGGCGAAUAUUUAAAUUAAUUAUUGAAUAUGUAAAAAAUGCUAGGUGACAGAACCACUUUUAUGUAAACAGUUAUUAAUAUUUUCUGCAUGAGCUAUAGUUAAUUUAACUAUUAUGGAACUGGACACAUUACUCUAGGUGAGAUCUUACCGGGAUCUAUAAAGUGUUAUCACUACCUCUCUAUGUCCUCCUGGGAUCUGCUCUAUAGAACUGAACACAUUACUCUAGCUGAGAUCUUACCAGGGAUCUAUAAAGUGCUAUCACUACCUCUCUAUGUCCUCCUGGGAUCUGCUCUAUAGAACUGAACACAAUACUCUAGGUGAGAUCUUACCAGGGAACUAUAAAGUGCUAUCACUACCUCUCUAUGUCCUCUUGGGAUCUGCUCUAUAGAACUGAACACAAUAUUCUAGGUGAGAUCUUACCAGGGAUCUAUAAAGUACUAUCACUACCUCUCUAUGUCCUCCUGGGAUCUGCUCUAUAGAACUGAACACAAUACUCUAGCUGAGAUCUUACCAGGGAUCUAUAAAGUGCUAUCACUACCUCUAUAUGUCCGCCUGGGAUCUGCUCUAUAGAACUGAACACAAUACUCUAGGUGAGAUCUUACCGGGGAUCUAUUAAGUACUAUCGCUACCUCUCUAUGUCCUCCUGGGAUCUGCUCUUUAGAACUGAACACAAUACUCUAGGUGAGAUCUUACCGGGAUCUAUAAAGUGCUAUCACUACCUCUCUAUGUCCUCCUGGGAUCUGCUCUAUAGAACUGAACACAUUACUCUAGCUGAGAUCUUACCAGGGAUCUAUAAAGUGCUAUCACUACCUCUCUAUGUCCUCCUGGGAUCUGCUCUAUAGAACUGAACACAUUACUCUAGCUGAGAUCUUACCAGGGAUCUAUAAAGUGCUAUCACUACCUCUCUAUGUCCUCCUGGGAUCUGCUCUAUAGAACUGAACACAAUACUCUAGCUGAGAUCUUACCAGGGAUCUAUAAAGUGCUAUCACUACCUCUAUAUGUCCGCCUGGGAUCUGCUCUAUAGAACUGAACACAAUACUCUAGGUGAGAUCUUACCGGGGAUCUAUUAAGUACUAUCGCUACCUCUCUAUGUCCUCCUGGGAUCUGCUCUAUAGAACUGAACACAAUACUCUAGGUGAGAUCUUACCGGAGAUCUAUAAAGUACUAUCACUACCUCUCUAUGUCCUGAGAUCUGCUCUAUAGAACUGAACACAAUACUCUAGGUGAGAUCUUACCGGGGAUCUAUAAAGUACUAUCACUACCUCUCUAUGUCCACCUGGGAUCUGCUCUAUAGAACUGAACACAAUACUCUAGGUGAGAUCUUACCGGGGAUCUAUAAAGUGCUAUCACUACCUCUCUGUGUCCUCCUGGGAUCUGCUCUAUAGAACUGAACACAAUACUCUAGGUGAGAUCUUACCGGGGAUCUAUAAAGUACUAUCACUACCUCUCUAUGUCCUCCUGGGAUCUGCUCUAUAGAACUGAACACAAUACUCUAGGUGAGAUCUUACUGGGGAUCUAUAAAGUACUAUCACUACCUCUCUAUGUCCUCCUGGGAUCUGCUCUAUAGAACUGAACACAAUACUCUAGGUGAGAUCUUACCGGGAUCUAUAAAGUACUAUCACUACCUCUCUAUGUCCUGGGAUCUGCUCUAUAGAACUGAACACAAUACUCUAGGUGAGAUCUUACCAGGAUCUCUAAAGUACUAUCUCUACCUCUCAAUGUCCUCCUGGGAUCUGCUCUAUAGAACUGAACACAAUACUCUAGGUGAGGUUUUACCAGGAUCUAUAAAGUGCCAUCACUACCUCUCUAUGUCCUGAGAUCUGCUCUAUAGAACUGAACACAAUACUCUAGGUGAGAUCUUACCGGAGAUCUAUAAAGUACUAUCACUACCUCUCUAUGUCCUGGGAUCUGCUCUAUAGAACUGAACACAAUACUCUAGGUGAGAUCUUACCGGGGAUCUCUAAAGUACUAUCUCUACCUCUCAAUGUCCUCCUGGGAUCUGCUCUAUAGAACUGAACACAAUACUCUAAGUGAGCUCUUACCGGGGAUCUAUAAAGUACUAUCACUACCUCUCUAUGUCCUCCUGGGAUCUGCUCUAUAGAACCGAACACAAUAGUCUAGGUGAGAUCUUACCGGGGAUCUAUAGAGUACUAUCACUACCUCUCUAUGUCCUCCCGGGAUCUACUCUAUAGAACUGAACACAAUACUCUAGGUGAGAUCUUACCGGGAUCUAUAAAGUACUAUCACUACCUCUCUAUGUCCUCCUGGGAUCUGCUCUAUAAAACUGAACACAAUACUCUAGGUGAGAUCUUACCAGGGAUCUAUAAAGUACUAUCACUACCUCUCUAUGUCCUCCUGGGAUCUGCUCUAUAAAACUGAACACAAUACUCUAGAUGAGAUCUUACCAGGGAUCUAUAAAGUGCUAUCACUACCUCUCUAUAUCCUGCUGGGAUCUGCUUUAUAGAACUGAACACAAUACUCUAUGUGAGAUCUUACCGGGAUCUAUAAAGUGCUAUCACUACCUCUCUAUGUCCUCCUGGGAUCUGCUCUAUAAAACUGAACACAAUACUCUAGGUGAGAUCUUACCAGGGAUCUAUAAAGUACUAUCACUACCUCUCUAUAUCCUGCUGGGAUCUGCUCUAGAGAACUGAACACAAUACUCUAGGUGAGAUCUUACCGGGGAUCUAUAAAGUGUUAUCACUACCUCUCUAUAUCCUCCUGGGAUCUGCUCUAUAGAACUGAACACAAUAUUCUAGGUGAGAUCUUACCGGGAUCUAUAAAGUACUAUUAACUUGUAUAUCUAUAGUAUAUCUGUAGAAAAUGACUCUCCAGUUCCCAUGUGUUUUUAGGUCUAGCUGCCUAUACGCUUUCUUUGUGUGGACAUGUUAUGGCAAGAUAGCUGCCCAAGUGGUCUGGUAGUUAGAGGGUUACUGCGUAUUAAGGGAUCCAUUGUGAGACAGUGUAAAAGCCUUUCCUUGGAAUGCCUGCAAUUCCUUUUGAGGGGGUCCUGGGAUGCCGGCCCAUUGUUCCCCGAGGCACCGGGAAUUCCAUCUAUGAAGCUGUGACCUUUCAUGUAAUGUGUGAGAGUGGGCAGCGCGGUGCCCGACGUGGGCGGCUGGUAUGGGCAAUGCACCGUGCCCUGCACGGACUUACCAGCUUGCCACAGAUCUUUGUAGUAACUAUUUCACUCUUACCUUGUCUGGUUUUUAGCAGCACUCACGGCCUGGCAAUCCAUGGCUUUUUAUUACAUUAUCCAUCUUAUUAUAUUUAAAUGUAAUUGUUUGGGGACUGUUCAUCUGCCUCCCCCCUCACCCCCUUCAUGAUUUCUAUGCCCGUGUUUAUGUUGUUUUUCCAUAAAUUAAUAGGUAAAACUGAAUUCAUUCUUUCAUGGCAAGUCGUUACCAUGACAUUAUUAUUAUUAUUAUUAUUAUUAUUAUUAUGUACAAAGCAAAUAUUUUAUCAUCGGCCAGUAACAGAGGGACUAAAGAAGAAAAUGCCCAAAGUGCUAAUUGUAAAAAAUAUUUUAAAAAAAUUAAAUAACUGACCCUUUAUGUCACCAAAACUUUGCAAACAUCCUGAGAGUUUGGUGCUUUUUAUAACAUCUAUUAUUAUUCAGCUGCCGAUUUAGUUAAUUACGAGAACCUGCGCUGAGUCCCACUGGGAGGAAGGCACUAUUUAAAUACUGGUUAUUAUUAUUAUAUUGAAAGAAUGGGAAGAACAUUUUAUGUCGGUUAUAGGUAAAUCAAAAUGUGGUAAAAUAGCCCUGUUUCAGCAGACGUCAGCAAUAAUUCCACACAGGGGGCCAACUUAUCCACCCCAGAGUCGUAUCUUAUCAUUCCUGCUGUCAAAUUCAGGCUCAGAUCCCAUUCUAUGCCCUCGUGUUUAACCCUUUGAGUUCCCCAAGAAGUGUUUCUGGAAGGGCUACAUGUGAAACCAUUGAGCAUGUCGGAUGCCUGUUGGAGAUAGCAAUCUGUGAUGAGCAGUUACUGUGCCCUGCAGCGUUCACUUGGCAUUGUCGUUGUUCAAUCAUACGGUUGUUAUUUAGACUUUAAGUACCUUGUGAAUAAAAACAGCCAUGUGUGCUUUCCAGAGGGGGUGGGGGGGGGGGGCAGUGACCCAUCUGAACCUUUUUAAAUGUGGAUCAGGGCCCUUCCCCGAAAUGUUCUUCAUCUUUGAACUUAUUUAAGCCGUUUCACCGCAGAGUGAGUGGGGCAGGUGUUGGCGUGAAUCUUCCAUAUGUUUAAAGUCAUCCAGCUUGGCUUUCCUAAAAUAGAUAUCUGGGGGUCCACGGGGGAGAGGGGACACUCGGGAGGGUCUGCCUCAGCUUUCUGAAACAAAUUCUUUUUAAAUAAUAAAAUCUCCAGCACAGUGAGUGACAUGUAAACCUCCGACGUCUUCGGCAUUUGUGUAAAUAAAGGCGCUAUUUCUAGCCAUAAACACAAGCCGGUUUAAUUCGUUACAGGACAGGAGCGCAGUCUGAACGCAGGAGUGGUUGCGUGGAUACGAUAAAUCGUUCAAUAAAAUGACGCAAAUAUAGACGCAGUAUAAGAAUUUAGACUGGAAAAGAAAGUAUCAAAGAAACAAACAAGUUCUAUUUUUUUUUAUUUGCAGUAAGAUUUACUAAAGGGUGAAUUUUUGGUAAGGAUUUCAACCCAAAAACAAUAAUUGCAAUUUUGAGCCUUCACUGAAUUUGGAUCAAUUCCCAACUAAAAAAAAAUCAAACUUUGAGCUGAAUGACUGAAAUGAGGUGGGACAGGGCUAACUCAGUAAUUCCUUCUUAAACAAAGAAUUUCUUAGGCUGGCUCCAACAGAAAUUAUUAGAUUGGAUGGCUGUAUUACCUGGCAGCCAGCAAAGUGCUAAAAUAUUCAUUUAAAAACAGGGGACCCAUAAAAACGAGGAGCGAAUCGGGGCCUUUGUUUUCCUUCACCUUUUAUAAUGGGGAUUUACAACCUUUGCAUCUUAGCUGAAAGAAAGUGGGAUUGGCUGGGCUGGUUCAGCCGGUCACUUUGUGCUGCCUGUUUCAUUGUGUCGAUCCUUUUUAACCCUUCACUUCCCUGGCUAUCUCCCCUCCCCAUUUUGUCUUUUUUUUUUAUCAAUGUACUAUUUGUGUUACUUGCUUAUCCAACCAGCUAACGGUGUUAUUGAAUUAUUUAUGCUUGUAGAAAAACAAAACCACAUAUAAGUUGGUCGACAUGAAAUCUCAUGCAAUCAAAUUCCUUUUAGUAAAUAUACGAAUGACAGUUUCAGUUUAUUUCCCCCAAUCUGUUUUGAAUCUGGACUUUGCGUGUAGGUUUUGAAUCUGCGAGGGACGAUUUGCCGGUGGCCAGGCUGGUAAAAGGGGGCAUUUUAUUAGAUCCCUGGGAUUAAAUGGCAGGAUGUUUGGAGAUCGUUGUGUUUAGUUUUAUACAAUUAAUCGAUAAACGCAAUGUGAAGUAUGUGGCCCAACGCCAGGUUUUCCAAUGGUCGAUGUUCCUGAUAUUUUCUCUCUUGCUACACGUAGGAUUGUUUUAAUUGUUUUUCUUUUCCUGUUUAUCCUCAGGAGCAGAGGAAGCAGAAUUGGAAAGACCUGUGUCCGGGAAAACAUUGGGACGCUCUGUAAGUAGAAAUAUCCAGCCGCAGAGAGGAACCAGUAAUACAAUGCUUGUCCCUUUAAACCUGCGCACACCACUCUGUGUUUAAAGUUUAGAGAUUUAUCCUAAAACUAUUGUUAUGAAUCUCAGCUCCUGUAAAGUGCAUGUUUGGUGACUUGUAGCGCAGUCUUUAUAAUGUAAUGUCUGAUUCACACACAUUGCUAUAUAAUGUAAUGUCCGAUACACACACAUUGCUAUAUAAUGUAAUGUCUGAUACACACACACUGCUAUAUAAUAUAAUGUCUGAUACACACACACUGCUAUAUAAUGUAAUGUCUGAUACACACACAUUGCUAUAUAAUAUAAUGUCUGAUUCACACACACUGCUAUAUAAUGUAAUGUCUGAUUCACACACAUUGCUAUAUAAUAUAAUGUCUGAUUCACACACACUGCUAUAUAAUGUAAUGUCUGAUACACACACACUGCUAUAUAAUGUAAUGUCUGAUACACACACACUGCUAUAUAAUGUAAUGUCUGAUACACACACACUGCUAUAUAAUGUAAUGUCUGAUACACACACACUGCUAUAUAAUGUAAUGUCUGAUUCACACACAUUGCUAUAUAAUGUAAUGUCUGAUACACACACACUGCUAUAUAAUGUAAUGUCUGAUUCACACACAUUGCUAUAUAAUAUAAUGUCUGAUUCACACACACUGCUAUAUAAUGUAAUGUCUGAUACACACACACUGCUAUAUAAUGUAAUGUCUGAUACACACACACUGCUAUAUAAUGUAAUGUCUGAUACACACACACUGCUAUAUAAUGUAAUGUCUGAUACACACACACUGCUAUAUAAUGUAAUGUCUGAUUCACACACACUGCUAUAUAAUGUAAUGUCUGAUUCACACACAUUGCUAUAUAAUGUAAUGUCUGAUACACACACACUGCUAUAUAAUGUAAUGUCUGAUUCACACACAUUGCUAUAUAAUGUAAUGUCUGAUUCACACACACUGCUAUAUAAUGUAAUGUCUGAUUAACACACAUUGCUAUAUAAUGUAAUGUCUGAUUCUUCUAAUACUGGUGAGUUACCCCAGGUUAGUAGUUGAGCUCAGUAUUAGAGAGUGGUUCCUGUCGUUUAAUCAGACUCUUAUUUAAACGUUUAUUUAUUUUUAUUUACAGGCAGAAAAAGUAAAAGAUAAGUUUAGUCCCCUGAAGCAAAGGUCUCCCCCCGCUGGCCGCCCCCAUCUGUCCCCAGAGGAAGUCAAAGACUCGGACCAAGCGGUGAGAAUGAGUGCGAGCUCCGUCUAAUUCAUGGGUAGGGGGGGGGGGGAUUAUCCAUGUACAAUGGGUAUCAGCCUAUUCCUGGGCAUCUAGAACAGAGGGGUCAUUCCCAUUCACAAAACGUUUUCAGAAAUGUGCAUUGAGCGCUUUAGCUGAUGAUUUUAGCCUAUCAGAUUCCUGAAUCAAGUCUCGGACUGCGUUGAAACGAGAUGCAGAGGGAGUGGGUGCUGGAUUCAACACUUUGUAGUUAAACCAUUUAUUAACCAUUUAAACUCUUGAUGUAAAUCGGUGCCCAGGAACCUACUCGCACCAUAACAACGUCAUGUAGCAACCAUGGGGAUUUUUCAAGCAGGAUUUAACAAUUAGGGGAUUUAACAAUUAAGAGAAUGUAGUUUUUGUGUAUAUAUCCUGCCCCUGCAAUAUGUCUGCCUUUUAGGAGUUAAAUCACUUUAUAGUUUAAACAGCCCUAGCUACACCUCCCCUGGCUGAGACUCACACAUCCUCCCUGCACACUUCCUGAAAAAUAGUCUAGUUUUUAGCUUCCCUUAUUGCACAUUGUGUUUAAUUUAGAAUUUAUCUCCUGCUCUGUUAAUAGCCUGCAGGAUCCUCAUGUUUGUGAUUAAAGCUCAUCAGGAGAUAUGAACUUCUAAAGUAAACACAAUGUGCUGUCAGAUCUGAUUGAAAAUUAAACCAUUUUGUAUUCAUGCAAGCUGUGUCAGUCACAGCCAGGGGAGAUGUGGCUAUGGCUUCAUAAAUAGAAACAAGGUGAUUUAACUCCUAAAUGACAGAGAAUUGAGCAGUGAGACUACAGAUACAUGAUCUAUACACUAAAUACACUCAGUUACACUAACAGCAAUACGAAAAUGCUUAAUUUGGCUAAAGCUGUCUUUGUGCGUAGAGUGUCCCUUCAACAAUUGGGAUAUAACAACAGGGAGUUUAACUCUUUCAUUGGCAGAGAGAGAACAGUCACGUGUUUUUAACCAUUCCACAGGAAAAUGGGAUGUAAUCUUAUCAUGAGCAGAACCACCAGUAAAAGUUAACCCUUUACGUGCAAAUGAAGAACUGAUAGGACACCUUAACCUUUUUGGAAAACACCAAUGGACAUUUAACCGUUUCAUGCCCAGAAGGCAGCAGUCAGGGAAUUUAACCUUUUCACAAGCAGAGGAGUUUAACCAGCCAAAAGUAAAAAGGAUGUGGCAAACUGUCAGAGGGCCAGCUUGGAAACAAUCUUGGAUUAUGUAACGUUUUAGUCUAAAUUUAGCAAAUGGUUCCUAACGCCUCAAUUCACUGUUUAGUAAAUCGAUCCCCUAAAUCUCCAAAUUAGGAAAAUACUGACAGCCCUGAGUUUACUGUAAGUAGUUUCAAAUAAGAAAGUUUCUAUGAUUCAUGAAUUGUCAAUAUGUUCUGUUUUGUUGUGAAAUUUACCUUAUCACGGCCCAAUCUGCAGGCGAUUUGAAGUGAGGGGAUCCUGACAGAAUUCCUGUGUUACUGUAUUCACACUGUAUCAGUUCCAUGAUACGAGGAUGGGUUACAGAGGAAGCUGCUACAUUAUAGCUCAGUUAGCUAAGGAAGUUAACCACCGCUGCUUUUUAAAAAAAAUAAAAGAAUUUUUAAAUCUAUUUUUUAUUGAGACAUUUGUUAUAUGGGGUAUAGAACAAAAACAAGGGGAUGUACAUUUUUUACAGCUUAGGGUUACGUUAACACAGUGCAACAUCUCCUGUGAGUAACUGUCUCAUUUUUAUGUUAUUCAAGCUGACAAACAAGAGUGGCAUAAUAUUACAUAGACGUGGCAUGCAUAACAAUUACACAUUUUUCGUGAAGGUAUAAGAGUCAAGUAUAGAUUUCUGUAUGCUUAAAUAAAUUUAACCACCAGGGGGGCAGAAGAGCGCUAGGUUUUCCGAAUUGGCCUCACAUGCAAGCUCAGGCAUUGUAAAGCUUCAUAAUUGCUUUCUAUGGGGAGCUACAGAAGGAGAGUCAGCUGCAGUAUACACAUAGCGUUUGUUAAAGAUAAGGUGUUUAAACACAGGGUAUGCAGUAGUCUGCAACUACUUUGGGCAUAUAGGGGUAGCUACCACUUGAUCAUCCCUGCCUCAGUGUCCUUGCUGUGUUCAGGUCCCUUGCAAUUUGUUUGCCAGGGAUGUGGCUAGUCUCUGGUAUCUGCUAGUGGCAGCCUCCAGUAUAUGAGAGAGGAAGCUUGUGACUCGAGUCCGUUGCACUUCUGUGCUUAUUCACGGUUAGAGUCCCGAUUGAGUUCCCUCAGUUCCACUACCGUUGACCAUGUGAGAUGUUGCCUCAGGUAUUGCAGGUGUGAGCCUUGCUUACAUGCUGAACGUUUCCUUCUUAGAGUUGUCUGGCGUACGGCAAGAGUGUGUGUCUGCGGGCUGCUUGUUCUCCCGCUGGUGAUGGAUGCGGCAGCCAUUUUGUUUUUUGCCAUGCGGUCCCUGGUUGCUCAGUUUGUCGCUCAGGCUUCAUAGGUGGUCGCUGCUUCCCCGGUGGGGUCCGGGAUAACCCCCCCCCAGCACACGCGGGGGGUGAACGGGGCCCUCGCUAAGAGUGUGGGAGGUCCCGCCGGACUAAGCACGGGAGACCGGCCGCAUCUCCCGCCAGAGCCUCACGACAGGCCGCAAUCCCAGACGUCCAGCAGUCAUCCUCGCCGGCAGGACGGGGUCGUUAUUCACUCUGAAAGUUGUGUUUAGGUUCCCCCUCGCCUUCUUAUAGCUGCGGUACGAUUAUUCAGGAGAGCUAAGGUUGUUUUGAGCUGGAUAUUGGGGAUUCAUAGAGGAGCUCAGGUGCCCCACGUCCAGCCGGCGCGGCGGUCAGGACUAUAGGGAGGAUGCUUUAAUACCUUCAAUAAAAAUCAGCACCACAAAAACCGUAUGAUGGCACGCUGAUCUUCUCUCAUGCAAAUCACAAGUGGGGCAGCCAUUUUUUUUUUGCACCGCACUUACAAAUGAACUGACGUAACACAUUCACAAUGGAGCCGCAGUGACUGGGGAGACAGUAACCAGCUAACUGAAAUUUUAAUAUAACAGGAGUGCGGAUAAGUUUUGACUGACCCUCGUAAAACAAAUUUCUUCAGCAUUUUAUUGAAACCGAUUUUAAGAUAUUCUUUAUUGACGGCUUUGAAUAGCCACCUUUUGUAGUUAUUUCCCUCUGUGUUGAUAGGGGUCAUGCUGUUUAAAGUGAUUUCUGCGAAUUAAACCAGUGAUUUGGCAUGUUUCUUACAUUCAGGCACAGAAAGAAAAGUUGCACGCAGAAUUGAAGAAAGUUCUGCAGCAGAAAGUACAGAGAGAAACCUGCGGAGAGACCGACGCCAGGAUGGAAACUCACAUCAACAUCACAGAGGUAGUAGCGGUGUGUCUCACGGGGUGAUCAUUGGAAUUAUUGUCCCUUUGAACAAUGGAACUGAAGGAUAUAUUUCAGAUUGCCAGGCAUUGUACAAGUAAAAUUAUACUUAUCACAAAUUCUCUGCACCGUGUUAUGAAAUUGUGGCCCUUUUCUCAUCUUAUAACACCCCAAAGCUAAUUUCAUCUCAUUUCAUGGUUUAAAAACAUGGCAGGAAGACCACGAAGACUAACCAUCAGUUUAGAAACAUGGUCUGAUCCAAGGUGUAUGUAUAUGGCUGAAGGAUUCGGUCAUAUACUAAAGAUAGGGAUGAAGAUUUUUUUCACAUAUACUUCAUUAAAACUAAACAAAAAAAAUCUAUUUUCUUCCAAUAUUUGAUGAAAGGAUUAUUUAAAAAAAAAAAUAGUUUUGAGUAAGAUGUGAAGCCCCUUGGCUAGCCGAGCGUAGGUAAAUCACACCAUUAAGGGCCCAGUCUGCCCCACAAAAUAACCUUCAAAUGCCACUAUUCAAUGAUUCUACCUCUUUGUGAUUAACGGUCUUAUAAUUGAAUCUAUGUACCUUUAUAACUCUAUAAUAACUCGUAUGACUGCCUGAGAAUGCCUCCGUUAUGUUAUUGUUAUGUUACGUUACACUAUACAUUUUACCUUAAAGAUUAUCAUUUGGUUGUUUAUUUUGAAUUGCUAUGGUGACCAAAACUAUCAAUAAAAGUGAUAAAAACAAAUAAAAAUUUUGAGGUAACAUUUGUCCUUUAAGUGAAGUUUGCACACUUACAGUGUUUUUCAACAAAUGUCAUUGAGCAUCUGAUAUAGACAGAGACACACAAUUUAAGAUGGUAAUUAGGAGAGUGGCUGAGACACUGAAGCGAUUGGAUGGGUGACACAUUUAGAUCCUAAAAAAUGUGCAUUAUAUGUCUGCUCAACAGGAAAAACUGAAAGCCUCUGAGAUGGUGGAAGUGAUAGUAGAGACUGAACCCCAAAGUGGCAUGAGUGGCAUCAGUAUCUCUGGAGGAGGUAAAGAAGGACUUUUCAUCUCAGACCUCCUAAAAGACUCUCCCGCUGCCAAAACCUUGCCUCUUUUAGAAGGUAAGACCAGUCACGGUUGGGCUUUUUGGCCAUGUAGGCACCUAGCUGUCGGCAGCCCUCACCCUCAACAAUGUCCCGUCCUCUUUCCAAUAGGUGACCAGAUCCUGAGCGCCCGUGUCUUUUUCGAAAAUGUGAAGUAUGAAGAUGCUCUGAGAAUCCUGCAGUGUGCUGAACAAUACAAAGUCUCCUUCUGCCUAAAAAGGACCGUGCCAUCAGCCGAUGUCACAGUGUCACCAACUUCUGGGAGUGUGGAGGUCAAGGGUCCAAAGGCAAAAAUGCCUAAAAUGGUAAAUCCCAUUUAUAUCAAUUGCUUUACAAAGUAUACAUUUCCUUUAUUCUCUACUUUUAUAUUCCAUCUUUUUGUUAAUGUACUUUUAGUUUAGUGGUUUACACAGAAUUCAUGGACUUAUGUACAAACUUUGCGAUCUUUCAGCAGGAAUUAUUAAUAUUAUACUUUAUUUAUAAAGCACCAACACAUUCCGCAGCGCUGUAGAUGGGCACAAUUGGUACAAAUUAUAAGGCAAAGGAACAAUACAUGUGAGACAAUACAAAAUUUGGCACAGAGUCGGAGUUGAGGGCACUUUUCCUGUGGGAACUUACAAUCUAGAUGGAUAGGACAGUUGAGAAACAGGAGGCGUGCACUGCAAGAGUGAGUUGAGAACAUUUAUUGGGUAAGUGGAAUGCGUUAGUUACUGAGUUUAGUGGUAGGCUUCUCUGAAUACAAAUGUCUUUAGGGAGCGCUUAACGAAAGGCAAACUAUGGGAAAGUCUGAUAUCUUGGGGAGAGUGCGUUUCAGAGUGUUGGUGUCCUGUGAGAGAAGUCCUGUAGCCUAGCAUGGGUAGAGGUGAUAAGAGAAGAUGCAAGGAGCAUGUCAUUGUUAGGGCUGGAGGAUAUUUGUGGAUUAGUGAUGACAGGUAAUGGAAAGUGGCGUUAGUAAAGGCUUUUUGGGUCAGGGUGUCAUCCAACUUUAGAACUUAUACCCACAGCUGUUCCCAGUGUUAUAACUAGUGUUAUACAGUUUUCCAUAAUGAUGAGGUCAAAUGACUGAACAAUUUACUAAUGAGACAUGUCUUUAUAUGUCUUUUCAGACCGUUAAAAGCCUUACGCCGGUAAAGAAGAAAAAGAAGAAGGUUCCAAGUCAAGUAAAGGUUUCAGAAGAAGGUUCCAUGGAAGCUUUGAAAGGGUCUGAAAUAUCCGUGGGCAGCAUGGAAAUUCCACCUGUAGACGUUGAAUUCUCCUUUCCCAAAUUCUCCAAGCUUUUAAAAACGAAAUCUGUGACUGAGACCAGCACUGUAACCAAGACAACUGAGGUUACCACAAAAGCUUCCAAUGGGGAACAAAAAUGGGCAAAAAUGAAGUUUCCUCGUCUAAGAGUCAAAGAAGCAGCAGCAGGAGCUGUUUCUGUGGAAGUCCCUGAAAUCAAGACAUCAUUACCAAAAGGCAGUCCUGUUACAGAAGAAAAGGAUAAAGCUGACUCCAAGUUUGGAAUCUCUGUUCCUAAAAUUAAAAAACCUAAGGUAGAAGCCACAGUGUCAAAACCAGAAGUUGAACUUUCUGUUCCAAAGUUGGAGAUUGAAACCAAAACCCCACAAGUUGAACUUGAUAUACCUCUGCCAACAAUGAAGACUGAUACACAAGAGAUAUCAACAACAGAAAGUAUUAAAAUGGCUAUGAUGAAUGCUUCAGCCAAAAUUCCAGAUGUGGAAAUUAAAGUUCCAUCUUCCCACAUUGAGGUGGAGGCACCAGAUAUAAAAAUUAGCACACCCCAUGUGUCAACAGUUGGAAUUUGCACAUCAGUUUGUGAUAAGAAAUCAGACAUCACUGUUGAAGGAAAACCCAAAACCGAGAUUACAUUUCCCACUGUGGAAAUUGCCCCACCUAAACUUGACAUGGACUUGAGCCUAGCAAAACCUGAAGGUGUGGUUGUAGAUGAGCCAACUGGUGGUGCUGUGAAAGGUUUCCAAAUCAAACUGCCAACGUUUGGCAAGUCUGCAAAAACCUCCACUGCUGAGAUGGAAGUUUCUCCCCCCAAAAUAAAAAAAGAUAUUGAGGUUAAAGCAUUUGAAGAUAGGUUUAAAAUGCCUUCUAUAAAAACUCCAGAAAUUGGAAUUUCUUUCCCCACAGGCAAACUGGAAGGCGAUAGUCCUGAUGGAAAACAAAAAUUGUCCAUGAAAAUGCCAUCCUUGGAUGUUUCUGCUCCUAAAGUUGAUAUUUCUUUAGCCAAGGCAAACUUAGAUUUAGAUAUCUCUGGAGAAACUGAAAUUCCAGAUGUAACAUUGAAGAUGCCUAAAGCCAGUCCUCCUAAAAUUGGAAUGAAAGUUAAAGACGCCUAUGCAGACUCUAUGAAGAUUAAAGGUGACAUCCCACAGGUGGACUUGAAACAUGAUCAGAUUGAAGCUGAACUCUCAGUUGGAAUUCCAGAUGUGACUUUCAAGCUGCCUAAAGUAGGCCUUUCCAUACCUGGAGAAAAGAUCGAAAUGCAUGAUGAAGUCACAACAGGAAAGCUGGAAAGUGAGGGGCAGGAUUUCAAACUGAGAGGGCCUAAAAUUAAAUUACCGAGUUUUGUACUUUCACCGUCCAAAGAUAAGCCUGAUAUACCACACCCUGAAUUGGACAUUUCAGACAAAGAAUCUAAAUUACAGUCUGAGGGUAAAGUAGCAUUUUCAUCGAUAAAGGUGCCAUCACUUGCUAUUUCAUUGCCAAAAGUACCAGACAUUCAACCAGGGAAACUGGAAGUCACUUUACCCACAACCAAAGCAGAUAUCAAAGCACCAGACUUGGAAGGUGCCAGUAAGUAUGACCUGAAGUUGAAAAUGCCCAAAGUAUCUUUACCCCAGUUGGAGGUGUCUACAAAAGUUGAAAAACCUCAAGUAUCACCCCCAAAAAUUGGUAUUCAUAUGCCAAAGAUAGAGUCAAAAGUUAAAGAAGGGGACCUGACAGAGAAGGGGGAUAAAUUCACUCUUCCAAAACUAGAUAUUUCAGUUCCCAAGAUAAAACCCGCUGAAGUUGACAUAACCCCAUCAAAAGCAGAUUUUGACAUUUCUGUAGAGAAGCCAAAAAUAGGACUGAAGGCUCCAAAAGUGGGAUCUGAUGCAAUUGCCUUUGAUGGGGAGAUUGGGGAUUCAAAAUUGGGCUUUCCAUCUGUCAAAAUACCAUCACUUGAGAUAGACACACCAAAGUUUGACAUUGAUUUAAAUUUGCAGAAAGUCAAACUGGAGGGGUCAGACGUUCUUAUUGAACAACCAGACAGCAACGUGCAGAUGCCAAAAAUUACUUUCCCUAAGCUUACUGAUGUGACCAAAGACAUGUCUGUUGAAAUUAAUGUUCCAAAGAUCACUAGUGACAUCUCUUUACCAAGAGCUAGCACAGAAAUGAAGAGACCUGAAUUUGGAGGUGUGGAUCAUGUUGACAGAGGAGCAAAGAUAAGCCUGCCAAAAAUUGAGAUAGGAUUAGGAAAGCCCUCGGAUGAGGAAACAUCUGACAUUAAGCUCCCAAAAGUGAAACUAGAAGGGCCAGAUGUAGAGGGCAUAGAAGCUAAACUGAAACUACCAUCCAUGAAGAUGCCCUCCGUUGCCAUUACAGCACCAAAGGUACCAGAUGUUGACAUUGAUGCAAGUUUGCCAAAGGUUGGCAUAGAAGGAUUAAGCAAAGAAGAAGUGACAGGAGAAUUGGCCACUGAUAGUGAGAUUAAAUUCAAAGCAUCAAAGUUUUCUCUCCGCAAACUUGGGAUUUCUGGGCCCAAAUUUAAAAAAGGUGGGGAGGCAGAUAUUAAAACAUCUCCUCAGGAUGGAGAAAGAGAAAUCUCAGUUAAGUCUCCAAAGAUGAAAAUGCCAAAAUUUGGAAUUACCUUCCCCAAAUCAAAGCAAGAUGCUGAUGUGGCCAUUUCUAAACCAGCUCUAGAAAUGGAUACAAAAACAAAGAAGGCAAAGGCAGCAGUAUCAGUUGGUCAAAUUGAUGCCCAUUCUGAAGGGAAGGUAAAGCUUCCGUCGGUCACACUUCCCACGGUAGAUAUCUCAGCACCAAAAUUAGAAGUAGAUAUUGCAAUUCCAAAAGGAGAAACUUCUCACACUGAGCAUAAACCUUCCGAUAUCAGUAUUGACAUACCAGAAGUGAAACUCAACCUGCCGAAAUUUUCAAUGCCAAAAUUUGGAAGCAAGAGCAAAGGAAGUGAUGUUGAUGUGGAGAUGGAAAGCACCAAAUUACACGGCAAAGUUGCUACAGCUAAAUUGUCUGGUGGUACAGAUACUUCCUCAGAUGGAGGCAGCUCCAAUGGAAAGGGAAAGGGGAAAAUGAAAAUGCCUGCAAUAAAAAUGCCUUCAUUUGGAAUUUCAAAAAAAGAAGCAGAUGUUUCUGACAUCAAACUGGAUGUCAGCCCUCCUGAAGUUAAACUAAAGAAAGCAAAAGAAGCUGUAAAAGAAACCAAAGUGGAGGUAGAUAGCAAAGAAAGUGAUGGAAAAACCUCUUUCAUAAAAAUGCCCACCUUUAAAAUGUCACCACCCAAAGUCAAAACACCUGAUUCAGAAAUUGCUGUAAAAGGUUCUAAAGAAGACCUUCACUUACCUGAUAUUCAAGUCAAAGUUCCCCAAGUUGAAUUGCCUUCUUUUGGGAUAAAAAGUGAGAAAUCAGCAGAUGUCACUUUGCCAAAAGCAGAAGCAAAAUUAUCAGGAGGGAUCAGAGGCCUUGAUAUUGGUGAAAAAAUAAGAAUACCAUCACUUGGAAACUCCACACUACAGGAAGUGCCAUCAUUGCAGAUUUCUGUCCCGUGUAUUAAACCUGAGCCUUGUAUCUCUUCACCAAAGGCGGAAGUGGAUGUUUCUGAUGCAGAUAUCAAAGCAUAUGAAGGAGACUUAAAAAUACCUAAACUUCCAUCAGUCUCUGUUCCAAGUCUGGAACUAGAUAUCGGUUUAGCCAAACCCACCUCAGAAGUUGAAUUUGCCUUAGAAAAGUCAGACAUGAAAUUGAAGAUGCCAAAAGUCGAACUGCCAAACUUUGGAGAAUAUGGCCGAACUGUUGAUGCCAAAGUGGACACUGAAGUCAGUAAAUAUAAAACCGGUGAAGCAGAAGCAAAGCUCAAGGGAUCUAAAAUAAAAAUGCCUCACUUUGAUAUUUCUUUGUCAAGAGGCAAAUCAGAUGAAGAAGGCAUACCAUUUAUUGAAGGAGAGUUGAAGAUGCAUGGAACAGAUCUAGAGACAUCCACAUCAGAGGGAAAGUUUAGUAUGCCAUCUGUAGAGUUGCCCAAAAUAUCGACUCCCAAAAUUAGAGCUCCAGAACUGGACCUUGAAGUCAGCCUUAGCAAGGAUGGUUCAAAAACAGGAGACCACGCAAAGACACAUGGAGCUGAUGUAGCCCUCCCUGAUGUUGGACUUCCUGAUUUAAAAUUAAAAAUGCCAAAAAUAAAAUUACCUAAAUUUGGUGGCUCCAAUUCAGGUGUUGAUGAAGAAACCACCAAAUUGGAUGUUAAGGCUGUCAAAACUGAAGAGACUGAAGAUUCAGGGAAAAUGGGCUUCAAAAUAAAAAUGCCUAAGCUUUAUGUGGGCCCUCUGAAAGGCAGGGAUGAUGGCUCUGUGGAAAUGGAAGGUGACCACAAAAAGACAGUAAACGAUGUUGCAAAGACUUCAGAUCAUGAGGAUUCUGAAAACAGCAGAAGGUUUAAGAUCAAGAUGCCCUCAUUUGGAAUUUCGAAAGAAGGCACUGGUGCUGCAACAGAAUUCUUGCAUCCAACCGAAGAAGGAGGUGAACUGAAAUUUAAAAUGCCUAAAGUCUCCAUUCCUGAUGUUGGAUUUUCAGGAAGUGAAACUGAAGGUGACAUUUCUUUGGAAAGUGGCCAGGCCAAGGCUCUAAGUGCAGAUUCCAAGGUUAAAGCCCCCAAAUCAUCCAGUCUUGAGAAUUUAGAAAUAGAUGUGGGUCUCAAGAUGCCCAAAAUCAAGAUGCCAACAAUUGGCAUGCCAGGUUGGAAGUCAGAUGAUGAUAUGAACGUUUCUCUGGAAGAAGAUUUAGAAGGAAGGAAAUCUGCCUUCAAGAUGCCAGAUGUGGAAAUAUCCACUCCAAAGAUCAAAGCACAUGCUGAAUAUAAUGUGGAUGGAGCAAAACUAGAAGACAGUUGGUCAAAGGAGAUGGAGACAGAAUUGAUUAGUACCAAAACCAGCAAAGCCAAAGAAGAAAGCAAAGAUCAUGGUACAACAGAGGAAGAAUCUGGGAAGAAAUACAAAGUAAAGCUACCCAAGUUUGGAAUAAGCUUGCCAAAACCUAUUCCAGGUGAUGUGGAACUAACAACACCAAAAAUAAAAUCGAGUGUCAAACAAGCAGAAAUCAAUAUAAAGACUCCAAGUUCUGACCAUGAAUCAGACCAGCACGAAGGAAAGAAAAGCCGAAGAAAUAUUUUUUCACUAGGAAAGAACAAGGAGCGAAAUGCAGCUCUUUUAACAUCAGAUGCAGAUAUCACCUUAGAAGGCGAAGGCCCAGAACUGAAGAUCAAGAUGCCAAAAAUAAAGAUGAAGCCAUCCUUUGGAAGAGGUAAAACCAAAGGGGCAGAAGUAAAUGGGGAGUUGGAUGCUUCUGCUAGUGGAGAGACUGAUGCAGAAUUGAGUCCUGAGGGCAAGUCCUCAAAGAUAAAGUUCCCCAAGCUAGGAUUUUCGUCUUCUAAAGGAAAUGCAGGGGAUGUUAAUGUUAAUGGCACAAGUUCAUCUGGCCGCCCAAAUGAUGACCAGGAGGUGAAUGGAUCGCAGGACAGUGUAGCAAAAAUGGGAAAACUCAAAAUGCCCAAGCUGGAAAUUUCCACUCCACACAAGGGCAAAGAAUCUGAUUUGGAAAUGAAUUUAAAGUUGGUCAAGGGUGAGGACCAAGAUUACAAAGAGGAAAGUCACGAAAGCUCCUUUACAUCUAAAUUUAAGUCCUUUUCAGGCUUUAAGAAGAAAGAAAAGGGUGAGGAACACCUUAGUAGUUCUCCUGCCAAAACAGAUGUGGAAACCAAGGGGGAAGGAGAUGGAAAAUCAGGGAGGUCUAAAAUUUCUCUGGGUUUUCUGUCAAGUAAAUCCAAAGGGGAAUAUACAGUGGACAAUAGCGGGAUUGAGAAGGACACUGAAGGGGAAAGUAGUAAAGAAAAAAAAUAUAAAAUACCCAAAUUAUCUCUCAGUCCCAAACCAGAGACGGAGAUAUCAACACAGACAAGUGAAAUCACACAGGAGGGUUACCAAGAAGGGUUCACAAUUGGCAUGCCGAAGGUGGGAUUCACAACCCACCAUGAGGAACAUACAGUAGAAGAAAAGGUUGCUGGAGGCUUCUUGAAAAUCACAACGACAAAGCAAAUCAAGACAGAGACUGUAACAGAAAAAACACUGUCCAUAUAGAUGAGACAACUGACUACUCAGUCAAGAACUUUUAUUGCAACAGUGCUAAUUUGUUACAGGCUGUGGACGCAGCCUUAAAUAUCUGCUCUUACUCUUUCUCUACCUUUAAUUUUCAAAGACUUGGAAAAAGUCAAAAGAGAGGUGAUACUUUUUUUUUUCUGUGUGUGUUUGCGAGUAGCCUUUAUUUAUUUAAAACAAGCUGCUCCGCAUAUCGUACAUGUGGACAUGGGGGGAUUAGACUGGGAGGGUGGAAGUAUCUUUUGGGUUGGUGAGACCUUAGCAUGAGCUUUGCUUCCAAGUUCUUGAUGAAAUUCUCAACGCACCAAAUCAGAUUUUACAAUGUAAAAAUCAAACACGGAAAGCCUUUUAUGGAGUCAGAGGGAAGUCUGAUAUGCGUAUUCACUUUAAAAACUGUAAAUAUCAAAUGCAAACAUGUCCCAUUUUACUGUAGGAAAGUGAUUGGGUUGGAAAUGUGAUAAUGGAGGUCAGAAGGUUCAAAAUAGACAAAAGAGAAAAAAACAUCCUCUGUUCAAGAAGAACACCGAUUGAUGACUGAUCACCUGAAAGAAACAGGACAAGACAUUUCUUUAUCAUCUUCCCUCUUGUUGUGUUAUUUACUAGAGUGAGAAUUGAAAGUGAAUUAAUUUCACAUUUAAAGUCAGAGUAACCAAACUGAAAAAUGCAUAGCUGACUUAGAGAAUGUUUUUAGUUAAGCAAAUUUACCUUUAAAUUUGAAAUCCACUUUGAAUUCUCACCUUAGUGAAAAGCCCGGUAAGUUUCUUUGAUGAUCGUCUUCUAAGCUGAACUUGAUCGAGGUCCUGGCCAUGGUGGUCCACCACACACUUCAACCAUGAUUGUUCUAGGACAGAUGGAGACUAAAUAUUUUGCCCUCAUUUAUUCAGAAAUAAAGCCAUAUUAUGCACACUGCUGUAACCACCACAACUACCUAACCAAGAACAGGCAGUCUGUUAGACCACAUAUACAGUGUCCUUGUCAGUUGACCAUGACAAUCGAGAACCAUUUAUUUAGGGGAUGAUUAAAUACUAAUGGGUCAGCUGUUAUGUUUUACUUGUGAAUUUACUUACUGGCAAUCCUCUAGAACCCAAAAUGUGGGCAAUUCACUAAAAAUCAGACAUUUUAAGCGAAACUUAAGAUUCUAAUAAUGUAUUGUGAAACUUGUGAGCUAACACUUACUGCGGUGCUCAAUAACAGCUUGUAGGUUGUAAACUGACGUAAAGAGGGUUACGUACUCAUUGUUUAUCCGUGGGUACAAGAUCUGUUUAAAUCAUCUCAACACACUCUGCUGAAACAGCAUGAAUUAUAUUAGCAAUGAGCAAUAUUAAUCUGGAUGUAUAGCUUUUAUCUGACACCUGUUGUAUUUUUUUAAAUUUUUAUUUAUAAUGAUAUAUUUUAUGAUAUUAACACUUUCAGAGCCAGGACAGAAAGUGUCCAUUAUUCUAUUCUACCAGUAAAAUUACGCAGCAUUAAUGCUCAUAAACCAGAAAAAAAAAGCCUUGUAACCUCUUUAAAGAGCCAUUCCAAUGUGCGGCACCAUUUAGCCAUACUUCUGUGCGCAGUGUCAGACGCCAUCGCGCAAGUAAAACUUCUUUAAAACCAUCGGGUUUUUGAUUAUCAAUACAUGUUUUCAAUCCACUUUAUUUAAAGCUACAAUUUCCUGAUUUAGUGCUUCUCCUGGGCUAAACCCUCUGGAGAUCUGUAAAAUUAUAUUUUUUUAACACACGUCUAUUGUAAAUGUUUUUCCCAAAGUAAAUCCGGGCAGCAGGAGCACCUGAUUACUUGUGUUUACCCGGCGCCAUGUUGGGUAAGGGCACGUCACACGCUAUUUAGCAAUCGGGGUUAUUUAUACACAUAGCAGGAAGCUUUUUAACUUGACUUAUUCUUAGGUUUCUUCAUUCUAGGGGUAAAUUAGACUAAAUUAGAUUUGAGUUUGCAGCUUUCUUGAGUGUUUUAUUACCCAAGUACUGAUAGUGACCUCCUACAAUCAUUACUGUCCUUUUUUCAUUAUUGCUUUUUUACCAGUAAUUACUAUAAAUUUGUUACUGAUUCUAACCAGUCUCCUGGUGCCUUAUUGCGCUAAUAGGGGCAUUAACUAGUCUCAUGGGUGCCUUAUUGCACUGAUGGGGGCAUUAAAUAGUCCCCUGGGUGCCUUAAUGCCCUGUGAGUGUCAGUAGCCAGUCUCCUUGGUGCCUUAUUGCACGUAUCCUGGGAAGUGUAGUUCCAGAUCAGUUGGAGAGCUACUUGUUUACCAUCGGCCUAUUCAAUGCCAAGUGUACAAUUGUGGCUCUGUAAAUAAAAUGGAAAAUACUGCCGUCUGCUUUGCUGUGUAAUGAUACUGCUUACCUGUUAAAACAGAUUUCAAACACCGACGCACACAUUUAAUGACACCACAUAUCUAUGUUUGUUUUGACCUUCACAUCUCCAAAGCCAUAUUACCAAACUCGCGUCACCCUACAUCAGUCCCAAGUCAUGGCCCCCUGUUAAGCUGGCGUCACCUAUAUGUGUUGUUCUUUAAAAAAAAAAUAAAAAAAAGGCUGCUGCGUCUUGUGAAAGACCUCACUUCCUGUCAAGAAUCCUCACCAAACAAUAUGGCCCCCAGCGCGUCUCUCUGCUGCGGCGUGGGUAGAAGUACUUUGUAUAUUUAAGGGCAGUAAAUUCGAUUUUUCUAUGAGGAGCAGAGAUAGUGAAUAGCGAUGGGUUAAAUUGACGUAUUCUUGGUAUAAUCAUCUUUUUUGGAGGUUGGCGAAGGAGCUCCUCGCCUCACAAACUGGUGUGAAAUCUACGUUCUUGUAAUUAGUAAUAACAAUUCUCAUUGUAUGUGACAUAAUUAUGGGGAAAUCCGGAUUACUACAAGAUGUAUAAUGUUUGUAUUACCAUCAUCAUUAAUUAUUAAAUACUAUUAAAGUGACCUUUUAUUUGAAGUGCGCUAUCAUCCUGUAAAGAAACAAACUAACCCGCCUUCUGCUUAAAGGGUAUUAUCACUUCUUUUAUUUUUUUUUAUCAGUGGUGUUUUGAUGUAGUAAUCAGACAUUUAAUAAAAAAAUGUUUAAUAAAC